AUGCAGAGCAAACACCGCUACAAAGAAUCACUAUCAGGAUCUGGUUGUCCGAUAUGGCCUGGAGAUUUUGAGUUACUAUAUAAGUAUGAAACAUAUAAUAACAGCUACAAAGAAUCACUAUCAGGAUCUGCUUGUCCGAUAUGGCCUGGAGAUUUUGAGUUACUAUAUAAGUAUGAAACAUAUAAUAACAGCUACAAAGAAUCACUAUCAGGAUCUGCUUGUCCGAUAUGGCCUGGAGAUUUUGAGUUACUAUAUAAGUAUGAAACAUAUAAUAACAGCUACAAAGAAUCACUAUCAGGAUCUGGUUGUCCGAUAUGGCCUGGAGAUUUUGAGUUACUAUAUAAGUAUGAAACAUAUAAUAACAGCUACAAAGAAUCACUAUCAGGAUCUGGUUGUCCGAUAUGGCCUGGAGAUUUUGAGUUACUAUAUAAGUAUGAAACAUAUAAUAACAGCUACAAAGAAUCACUAUCAGGAUCUGCUUGUCCGAUAUGGCCUGGAGAUUUUGAGUUACUAUAUAAGUAUGAAACAUAUAAUAACAGCUACAAAGAAUCACUAUCAGGAUCUGGUUGUCCGAUAUGGCCUGGAGAUUUUGAGUUACUAUAUAAGUAUGAAACAUAUAAUAACAGCUACAAAGAAUCACUAUCAGGAUCUGGUUGUCCGAUAUGGCCUGGAGAUUUUGAGUUACUAUAUAAGUAUGAAACAUAUAAUAACAGCUACAAAGAAUCACUAUCAGGAUCUGCUUGUCCGAUAUGGCCUGGAGAUUUUGAGUUACUAUAUAAGUAUGAAACAUAUAAUAACAGCUACAAAGAAUCACUAUCAGGAUCUGGUUGUCCGAUAUGGCCUGGAGAUUUUGAGUUACUAUAUAAGUAUGAAACAUAUAAUAACAGCUACAAAGAAUCACUAUCAGGAUCUGGUUGUCCGAUAUGGCCUGGAGAUUUUGAGUUACUAUAUAAGUAUGAAACAUAUAAUAACAGCUACAAAGAAUCACUAUCAGGAUCUGGUUGUCCGAUAUGGCCUGGAGAUUUUGAGUUACUAUAUAAGUAUGAAACAUAUAAUAACAGCUACAAAGAAUCACUAUCAGGAUCUGGUUGUCCGAUAUGGCCUGGAGAUUUUGAGUUACUAUAUAAGUAUGAAACAUAUAAUAACAGCUACAAAGAAUCACUAUCAGGAUCUGCUUGUCCGAUAUGGCCUGGAGAUUUUGAGUUACUAUAUAAGUAUGAAACAUAUAAUAACAGCUACAAAGAAUCACUAUCAGGAUCUGCUUGUCCGAUAUGGCCUGGAGAUUUUGAGUUACUAUAUAACUACAAAGAAUCACUAUCAGGAUCUGCUUGUCCGAUAUGGCCUGGAGAUUUUGAGUUACUAUAUAAGUAUGAAACAUAUAAUAACAGCUACAAAGAAUCACUAUCAGGAUCUGCUUGUCCGAUAUGGCCUGGAGAUUUUGAGUUACUAUAUAAGUAUGAAACAUAUAAUAACAGCUACAAAGAAUCACUAUCAGGAUCUGCUUGUCCGAUAUGGCCUGGAGAUUUUGAGUUACUAUAUAAGUAUGAAACAUAUAAUAACAGCUACAAAGAAUCACUAUCAGGAUCUGGUUGUCCGAUAUGGCCUGGAGAUUUUGAGUUACUAUAUAACUACAAAGAAUCACUAUCAGGAUCUGCUUGUCCGAUAUGGCCUGGAGAUUUUGAGUUACUAUAUAAGUAUGAAACAUAUAAUAACAGCUACAAAGAAUCACUAUCAGGAUCUGCUUGUCCGAUAUGGCCUGGAGAUUUUGAGUUACUAUAUAAGUAUGAAACAUAUAAUAACAGCUACAAAGAAUCACUAUCAGGAUCUGGUUGUCCGAUAUGGCCUGGAGAUUUUGAGUUACUAUAUAAGUAUGAAACAUAUAAUAACAGCUACAAAGAAUCACUAUCAGGAUCUGGUUGUCCGAUAUGGCCUGGAGAUUUUGAGUUACUAUAUAAGUAUGAAACAUAUAAUAACAGCUACAAAGAAUCACUAUCAGGAUCUGGUUGUCCGAUAUGGCCUGGAGAUUUUGAGUUACUAUAUAAGUAUGAAACAUAUAAUAACAGCUACAAAGAAUCACUAUCAGGAUCUGCUUGUCCGAUAUGGCCUGGAGAUUUUGAGUUACUAUAUAAGUAUGAAACAUAUAAUAACAGCUACAAAGAAUCACUAUCAGGAUCUGCUUGUCCGAUAUGGCCUGGAGAUUUUGAGUUACUAUAUAAGUAUGAAACAUAUAAUAACAGCUACAAAGAAUCACUAUCAGGAUCUGCUUGUCCGAUAUGGCCUGGAGAUUUUGAGUUACUAUAUAAGUAUGAAACAUAUAAUAACAGCUACAAAGAAUCACUAUCAGGAUCUGGUUGUCCGAUAUGGCCUGGAGAUUUUGAGUUACUAUAUAAGUAUGAAACAUAUAAUAACAGCUACAAAGAAUCACUAUCAGGAUCUGGUUGUCCGAUAUGGCCUGGAGAUUUUGAGUUACUAUAUAAGUAUGAAACAUAUAAUAACAGCUACAAAGAAUCACUAUCAGGAUCUGGUUGUCCGAUAUGGCCUGGAGAUUUUGAGUUACUAUAUAAGUAUGAAACAUAUAAUAACAGCUACAAAGAAUCACUAUCAGGAUCUGGUUGUCCGAUAUGGCCUGGAGAUUUUGAGUUACUAUAUAAGUAUGAAACAUAUAAUAACAGCUACAAAGAAUCACUAUCAGGAUCUGGUUGUCCGAUAUGGCCUGGAGAUUUUGAGUUACUAUAUAAGUAUGAAACAUAUAAUAACAGCUACAAAGAAUCACUAUCAGGAUCUGCUUGUCCGAUAUGGCCUGGAGAUUUUGAGUUACUAUAUAAGUAUGAAACAUAUAAUAACAGCUACAAAGAAUCACUAUCAGGAUCUGCUUGUCCGAUAUGGCCUGGAGAUUUUGAGUUACUAUAUAAGUAUGAAACAUAUAAUAACAGCUACAAAGAAUCACUAUCAGGAUCUGCUUGUCCGAUAUGGCCUGGAGAUUUUGAGUUACUAUAUAAGUAUGAAACAUAUAAUAACAGCUACAAAGAAUCACUAUCAGGAUCUGGUUGUCCGAUAUGGCCUGGAGAUUUUGAGUUACUAUAUAAGUAUGAAACAUAUAAUAACAGCUACAAAGAAUCACUAUCAGGAUCUGCUUGUCCGAUAUGGCCUGGAGAUUUUGAGUUACUAUAUAAGUAUGAAACAUAUAAUAACAGCUACAAAGAAUCACUAUCAGGAUCUGGUUGUCCGAUAUGGCCUGGAGAUUUUGAGUUACUAUAUAAGUAUGAAACAUAUAAUAACAGCUACAAAGAAUCACUAUCAGGAUCUGGUUGUCCGAUAUGGCCUGGAGAUUUUGAGUUACUAUAUAAGUAUGAAACAUAUAAUAACAGCUACAAAGAAUCACUAUCAGGAUCUGGUUGUCCGAUAUGGCCUGGAGAUUUUGAGUUACUAUAUAAGUAUGAAACAUAUAAUAACAGCUACAAAGAAUCACUAUCAGGAUCUGGUUGUCCGAUAUGGCCUGGAGAUUUUGAGUUACUAUAUAAGUAUGAAACAUAUAAUAACAGCUACAAAGAAUCACUAUCAGGAUCUGGUUGUCCGAUAUGGCCUGGAGAUUUUGAGUUACUAUAUAAGUAUGAAACAUAUAAUAACAGCUACAAAGAAUCACUAUCAGGAUCUGGUUGUCCGAUAUGGCCUGGAGAUUUUGAGUUACUAUAUAAGUAUGAAACAUAUAAUAACAGCUACAAAGAAUCACUAUCAGGAUCUGGUUGUCCGAUAUGGCCUGGAGAUUUUGAGUUACUAUAUAAGUAUGAAACAUAUAAUAACAGCUACAAAGAAUCACUAUCAGGAUCUGGUUGUCCGAUAUGGCCUGGAGAUUUUGAGUUACUAUAUAAGUAUGAAACAUAUAAUAACAGCUACAAAGAAUCACUAUCAGGAUCUGGUUGUCCGAUAUGGCCUGGAGAUUUUGAGUUACUAUAUAAGUAUGAAACAUAUAAUAACAGCUACAAAGAAUCACUAUCAGGAUCUGGUUGUCCGAUAUGGCCUGGAGAUUUUGAGUUACUAUAUAAGUAUGAAACAUAUAAUAACAGCUACAAAGAAUCACUAUCAGGAUCUGGUUGUCCGAUAUGGCCUGGAGAUUUUGAGUUACUAUAUAAGUAUGAAACAUAUAAUAACAGCUACAAAGAAUCACUAUCAGGAUCUGGUUGUCCGAUAUGGCCUGGAGAUUUUGAGUUACUAUAUAAGUAUGAAACAUAUAAUAACAGCUACAAAGAAUCACUAUCAGGAUCUGGUUGUCCGAUAUGGCCUGGAGAUUUUGAGUUACUAUAUAAGUAUGAAACAUAUAAUAACAGCUACAAAGAAUCACUAUCAGGAUCUGGUUGUCCGAUAUGGCCUGGAGAUUUUGAGUUACUAUAUAAGUAUGAAACAUAUAAUAACAGCUACAAAGAAUCACUAUCAGGAUCUGGUUGUCCGAUAUGGCCUGGAGAUUUUGAGUUACUAUAUAAGUAUGAAACAUAUAACAACAGCUACAAAGAAUCACUAUCAGGAUCUGGUUGUCCGAUAUGGCCUGGAGAUUUUGAGUUACUAUAUAAGUAUGAAACAUAUAAUAACAGCUACAAAGAAUCACUAUCAGGAUCUGGUUGUCCGAUAUGGCCUGGAGAUUUUGAGUUACUAUAUAAGUAUGAAACAUAUAAUAACAGCUACAAAGAAUCACUAUCAGGAUCUGGUUGUCCGAUAUGGCCUGGAGAUUUUGAGUUACUAUAUAAGUAUGAAACAUAUAAUAACAGCUACAAAGAAUCACUAUCAGGAUCUGCUUGUCCGAUAUGGCCUGGAGAUUUUGAGUUACUAUAUAAGUAUGAAACAUAUAAUAACAGCUACAAAGAAUCACUAUCAGGAUCUGCUUGUCCGAUAUGGCCUGGAGAUUUUGAGUUACUAUAUAAGUAUGAAACAUAUAAUAACAGCUACAAAGAAUCACUAUCAGGAUCUGGUUGUCCGAUAUGGCCUGGAGAUUUUGAGUUACUAUAUAAGUAUGAAACAUAUAAUAACAGCUACAAAGAAUCACUAUCAGGAUCUGCUUGUCCGAUAUGGCCUGGAGAUUUUGAGUUACUAUAUAAGUAUGAAACAUAUAAUAACAGCUACAAAGAAUCACUAUCAGGAUCUGGUUGUCCGAUAUGGCCUGGAGAUUUUGAGUUACUAUAUAAGUAUGAAACAUAUAAUAACAGCUACAAAGAAUCACUAUCAGGAUCUGGUUGUCCGAUAUGGCCUGGAGAGUUUGAGUUACUAUAUAAGUAUGAAACAUAUAACAACAGCUACAAAGAAUCACUAUCAGGAUCUGGUUGUCCGAUAUGGCCUGGAGAUUUUGAGUUACUAUAUAAGUAUGAAACAUAUAAUAACAGCUACAAAGAAUCACUAUCAGGAUCUGGUUGUCCGAUAUGGCCUGGAGAUUUUGAGUUACUAUAUAAGUAUGAAACAUAUAAUAACAGCUACAAAGAAUCACUAUCAGGAUCUGCUUGUCCGAUAUGGCCUGGAGAUUUUGAGUUACUAUAUAAGUAUGAAACAUAUAAUAACAGCUACAAAGAAUCACUAUCAGGAUCUGCUUGUCCGAUAUGGCCUGGAGAUUUUGAGUUACUAUAUAAGUAUGAAACAUAUAAUAACAGCUACAAAGAAUCACUAUCAGGAUCUGCUUGUCCGAUAUGGCCUGGAGAUUUUGAGUUACUAUAUAAGUAUGAAACAUAUAAUAACAGCUACAAAGAAUCACUAUCAGGAUCUGGUUGUCCGAUAUGGCCUGGAGAUUUUGAGUUACUAUAUAAGUAUGAAACAUAUAAUAACAGCUACAAAGAAUCACUAUCAGGAUCUGCUUGUCCGAUAUGGCCUGGAGAUUUUGAGUUACUAUAUAAGUAUGAAACAUAUAAUAACAGCUACAAAGAAUCACUAUCAGGAUCUGGUUGUCCGAUAUGGCCUGGAGAUUUUGAGUUACUAUAUAAGUAUGAAACAUAUAAUAACAGCUACAAAGAAUCACUAUCAGGAUCUGGUUGUCCGAUAUGGCCUGGAGAUUUUGAGUUACUAUAUAAGUAUGAAACAUAUAAUAACAGCUACAAAGAAUCACUAUCAGGAUCUGGUUGUCCGAUAUGGCCUGGAGAUUUUGAGUUACUAUAUAAGUAUGAAACAUAUAAUAACAGCUACAAAGAAUCACUAUCAGGAUCUGGUUGUCCGAUAUGGCCUGGAGAUUUUGAGUUACUAUAUAAGUAUGAAACAUAUAAUAACAGCUACAAAGAAUCACUAUCAGGAUCUGGUUGUCCGAUAUGGCCUGGAGAUUUUGAGUUACUAUAUAAGUAUGAAACAUAUAAUAACAGCUACAAAGAAUCACUAUCAGGAUCUGCUUGUCCGAUAUGGCCUGGAGAUUUUGAGUUACUAUAUAAGUAUGAAACAUAUAAUAACAGCUACAAAGAAUCACUAUCAGGAUCUGCUUGUCCGAUAUGGCCUGGAGAUUUUGAGUUACUAUAUAAGUAUGAAACAUAUAAUAACAGCUACAAAGAAUCACUAUCAGGAUCUGGUUGUCCGAUAUGGCCUGGAGAUUUUGAGUUACUAUAUAAGUAUGAAACAUAUAAUAACAGCUACAAAGAAUCACUAUCAGGAUCUGCUUGUCCGAUAUGGCCUGGAGAUUUUGAGUUACUAUAUAAGUAUGAAACAUAUAAUAACAGCUACAAAGAAUCACUAUCAGGAUCUGGUUGUCCGAUAUGGCCUGGAGAUUUUGAGUUACUAUAUAAGUAUGAAACAUAUAAUAACAGCUACAAAGAAUCACUAUCAGGAUCUGGUUGUCCGAUAUGGCCUGGAGAUUUUGAGUUACUAUAUAAGUAUGAAACAUAUAAUAACAGCUACAAAGAAUCACUAUCAGGAUCUGGUUGUCCGAUAUGGCCUGGAGAUUUUGAGUUACUAUAUAAGUAUGAAACAUAUAAUAACAGCUACAAAGAAUCACUAUCAGGAUCUGGUUGUCCGAUAUGGCCUGGAGAUUUUGAGUUACUAUAUAAGUAUGAAACAUAUAAUAACAGCUACAAAGAAUCACUAUCAGGAUCUGGUUGUCCGAUAUGGCCUGGAGAUUUUGAGUUACUAUAUAAGUAUGAAACAUAUAAUAACAGCUACAAAGAAUCACUAUCAGGAUCUGGUUGUCCGAUAUGGCCUGGAGAUUUUGAGUUACUAUAUAAGUAUGAAACAUAUAAUAACAGCUACAAAGAAUCACUAUCAGGAUCUGGUUGUCCGAUAUGGCCUGGAGAUUUUGAGUUACUAUAUAAGUAUGAAACAUAUAAUAACAGCUACAAAGAAUCACUAUCAGGAUCUGGUUGUCCGAUAUGGCCUGGAGAUUUUGAGUUACUAUAUAAGUAUGAAACAUAUAAUAACAGCUACAAAGAAUCACUAUCAGGAUCUGGUUGUCCGAUAUGGCCUGGAGAUUUUGAGUUACUAUAUAAGUAUGAAACAUAUAAUAACAGCUACAAAGAAUCACUAUCAGGAUCUGGUUGUCCGAUAUGGCCUGGAGAUUUUGAGUUACUAUAUAAGUAUGAAACAUAUAAUAACAGCUACAAAGAAUCACUAUCAGGAUCUGGUUGUCCGAUAUGGCCUGGAGAUUUUGAGUUACUAUAUAAGUAUGAAACAUAUAAUAACAGCUACAAAGAAUCACUAUCAGGAUCUGGUUGUCCGAUAUGGCCUGGAGAUUUUGAGUUACUAUAUAAGUAUGAAACAUAUAAUAACAGCUACAAAGAAUCACUAUCAGGAUCUGGUUGUCCGAUAUGGCCUGGAGAUUUUGAGUUACUAUAUAAGUAUGAAACAUAUAAUAACAGCUACAAAGAAUCACUAUCAGGAUCUGGUUGUCCGAUAUGGCCUGGAGAUUUUGAGUUACUAUAUAAGUAUGAAACAUAUAAUAACAGCUACAAAGAAUCACUAUCAGGAUCUGGUUGUCCGAUAUGGCCUGGAGAUUUUGAGUUACUAUAUAAGUAUGAAACAUAUAACAACAGCUACAAAGAAUCACUAUCAGGAUCUGGUUGUCCGAUAUGGCCUGGAGAUUUUGAGUUACUAUAUAAGUAUGAAACAUAUAAUAACAGCUACAAAGAAUCACUAUCAGGAUCUGGUUGUCCGAUAUGGCCUGGAGAUUUUGAGUUACUAUAUAAGUAUGAAACAUAUAAUAACAGCUACAAAGAAUCACUAUCAGGAUCUGGUUGUCCGAUAUGGCCUGGAGAUUUUGAGUUACUAUAUAAGUAUGAAACAUAUAAUAACAGCUACAAAGAAUCACUAUCAGGAUCUGGUUGUCCGAUAUGGCCUGGAGAUUUUGAGUUACUAUAUAAGUAUGAAACAUAUAAUAACAGCUACAAAGAAUCACUAUCAGGAUCUGGUUGUCCGAUAUGGCCUGGAGAUUUUGAGUUACUAUAUAAGUAUGAAACAUAUAAUAACAGCUACAAAGAAUCACUAUCAGGAUCUGGUUGUCCGAUAUGGCCUGGAGAUUUUGAGUUACUAUAUAAGUAUGAAACAUAUAAUAACAGCUACAAAGAAUCACUAUCAGGAUCUGGUUGUCCGAUAUGGCCUGGAGAUUUUGAGUUACUAUAUAAGUAUGAAACAUAUAAUAACAGCUACAAAGAAUCACUAUCAGGAUCUGGUUGUCCGAUAUGGCCUGGAGAUUUUGAGUUACUAUAUAAGUAUGAAACAUAUAACAACAGCUACAAAGAAUCACUAUCAGGAUCUGGUUGUCCGAUAUGGCCUGGAGAUCUUGAGUUACUAUAUAAGUAUGAAACAUAUAAUAACAGCUACAAAGAAUCACUAUCAGGAUCUGGUUGUCCGAUAUGGCCUGGAGAUCUUGAGUUACUAUAUAAGUAUGAAACAUAUAAUAACAGCUACAAAGAAUCACUAUCAGGAUCUGGUUGUCCGAUAUGGCCUGGAGAUCUUGAGUUACUAUAUAAGUAUGAAACAUAUAAUAACAGCUACAAAGAAUCACUAUCAGGAUCUGGUUGUCCGAUAUGGCCUGGAGAUUUUGAGUUACUAUAUAAGUAUGAAACAUAUAAUAACAGCUACAAAGAAUCACUAUCAGGAUCUGGUUGUCCGAUAUGGCCUGGAGAUUUUGAGUUACUAUAUAAGUAUGAAACAUAUAAUAACAGCUACAAAGAAUCACUAUCAGGAUCUGCUUGUCCGAUAUGGCCUGGAGAUUUUGAGUUACUAUAUAAGUAUGAAACAUAUAAUAACAGCUACAAAGAAUCACUAUCAGGAUCUGCUUGUCCGAUAUGGCCUGGAGAUUUUGAGUUACUAUAUAAGUAUGAAACAUAUAAUAACAGCUACAAAGAAUCACUAUCAGGAUCUGCUUGUCCGAUAUGGCCUGGAGAUUUUGAGUUACUAUAUAAGUAUGAAACAUAUAAUAACAGCUACAAAGAAUCACUAUCAGGAUCUGCUUGUCCGAUAUGGCCUGGAGAUUUUGAGUUACUAUAUAAGUAUGAAACAUAUAAUAACAGCUACAAAGAAUCACUAUCAGGAUCUGCUUGUCCGAUAUGGCCUGGAGAUUUUGAGUUACUAUAUAAGUAUGAAACAUAUAAUAACAGCUACAAAGAAUCACUAUCAGGAUCUGCUUGUCCGAUAUGGCCUGGAGAUUUUGAGUUACUAUAUAAGUAUGAAACAUAUAAUAACAGCUACAAAGAAUCACUAUCAGGAUCUGCUUGUCCGAUAUGGCCUGGAGAUUUUGAGUUACUAUAUAAGUAUGAAACAUAUAAUAACAGCUACAAAGAAUCACUAUCAGGAUCUGCUUGUCCGAUAUGGCCUGGAGAUUUUGAGUUACUAUAUAAGUAUGAAACAUAUAAUAACAGCUACAAAGAAUCACUAUCAGGAUCUGCUUGUCCGAUAUGGCCUGGAGAUUUUGAGUUACUAUAUAAGUAUGAAACAUAUAAUAACAGCUACAAAGAAUCACUAUCAGGAUCUGCUUGUCCGAUAUGGCCUGGAGAUUUUGAGUUACUAUAUAAGUAUGAAACAUAUAAUAACAGCUACAAAGAAUCACUAUCAGGAUCUGCUUGUCCGAUAUGGCCUGGAGAUUUUGAGUUACUAUAUAAGUUUGAAACAUAUAAUAACAGCUACAAAGAAUCACUAUCAGGAUCUGGUUGUCCGAUAUGGCCUGGAGAUUUUGAGUUACUAUAUAAGUAUGAAACAUAUAAUAACAGCUACAAAGAAUCACUAUCAGGAUCUGGUUGUCCGAUAUGGCCUGGAGAUUUUGAGUUACUAUAUAAGUAUGAAACAUAUAAUAACAGCUACAAAGAAUCACUAUCAGGAUCUGGUUGUCCGAUAUGGCCUGGAGAUUUUGAGUUACUAUAUAAGUAUGAAACAUAUAAUAACAGCUACAAAGAAUCACUAUCAGGAUCUGGUUGUCCGAUAUGGCCUGGAGAUUUUGAGUUACUAUAUAAGUAUGAAACAUAUAAUAACAGCUACAAAGAAUCACUAUCAGGAUCUGGUUGUCCGAUAUGGCCUGGAGAUUUUGAGUUACUAUAUAAGUAUGAAACAUAUAAUAACAGCUACAAAGAAUCACUAUCAGGAUCUGGUUGUCCGAUAUGGCCUGGAGAUUUUGAGUUACUAUAUAAGUAUGAAACAUAUAAUAACAGCUACAAAGAAUCACUAUCAGGAUCUGGUUGUCCGAUAUGGCCUGGAGAUUUUGAGUUACUAUAUAAGUAUGAAACAUAUAAUAACAGCUACAAAGAAUCACUAUCAGGAUCUGGUUGUCCGAUAUGGCCUGGAGAUUUUGAGUUACUAUAUAAGUAUGAAACAUAUAAUAACAGCUACAAAGAAUCACUAUCAGGAUCUGCUUGUCCGAUAUGGCCUGGAGAUUUUGAGUUACUAUAUAAGUAUGAAACAUAUAAUAACAGCUACAAAGAAUCACUAUCAGGAUCUGCUUGUCCGAUAUGGCCUGGAGAUUUUGAGUUACUAUAUAAGUAUGAAACAUAUAAUAACAGCUACAAAGAAUCACUAUCAGGAUCUGCUUGUCCGAUAUGGCCUGGAGAUUUUGAGUUACUAUAUAAGUAUGAAACAUAUAAUAACAGCUACAAAGAAUCACUAUCAGGAUCUGCUUGUCCGAUAUGGCCUGGAGAUUUUGAGUUACUAUAUAAGUAUGAAACAUAUAAUAACAGCUACAAAGAAUCACUAUCAGGAUCUGGUUGUCCGAUAUGGCCUGGAGAUUUUGAGUUACUAUAUAAGUAUGAAACAUAUAAUAACAGCUACAAAGAAUCACUAUCAGGAUCUGCUUGUCCGAUAUGGCCUGGAGAUUUUGAGUUACUAUAUAAGUAUGAAACAUAUAAUAACAGCUACAAAGAAUCACUAUCAGGAUCUGCUUGUCCGAUAUGGCCUGGAGAUUUUGAGUUACUAUAUAAGUAUGAAACAUAUAAUAACAGCUACAAAGAAUCACUAUCAGGAUCUGCUUGUCCGAUAUGGCCUGGAGAUUUUGAGUUACUAUAUAAGUAUGAAACAUAUAAUAACAGCUACAAAGAAUCACUAUCAGGAUCUGCUUGUCCGAUAUGGCCUGGAGAUUUUGAGUUACUAUAUAACUACAAAGAAUCACUAUCAGGAUCUGGUUGUCCGAUAUGGCCUGGAGAUUUUGAGUUACUAUAUAAGUAUGAAACAUAUAAUAACAGCUACAAAGAAUCACUAUCAGGAUCUGGUUGUCCGAUAUGGCCUGGAGAUUUUGAGUUACUAUAUAAGUAUGAAACAUAUAAUAACAGCUACAAAGAAUCACUAUCAGGAUCUGGUUGUCCGAUAUGGCCUGGAGAUUUUGAGUUACUAUAUAAGUAUGAAACAUAUAAUAACAGCUACAAAGAAUCACUAUCAGGAUCUGGUUGUCCGAUAUGGCCUGGAGAUUUUGAGUUACUAUAUAAGUAUGAAACAUAUAAUAACAGCUACAAAGAAUCACUAUCAGGAUCUGGUUGUCCGAUAUGGCCUGGAGAUUUUGAGUUACUAUAUAAGUAUGAAACAUAUAAUAACAGCUACAAAGAAUCACUAUCAGGAUCUGGUUGUCCGAUAUGGCCUGGAGAUUUUGAGUUACUAUAUAAGUAUGAAACAUAUAAUAACAGCUACAAAGAAUCACUAUCAGGAUCUGGUUGUCCGAUAUGGCCUGGAGAUUUUGAGUUACUAUAUAAGUAUGAAACAUAUAAUAACAGCUACAAAGAAUCACUAUCAGGAUCUGGUUGUCCGAUAUGGCCUGGAGAUUUUGAGUUACUAUAUAAGUAUGAAACAUAUAAUAACAGCUACAAAGAAUCACUAUCAGGAUCUGGUUGUCCGAUAUGGCCUGGAGAUUUUGAGUUACUAUAUAAGUAUGAAACAUAUAAUAACAGCUACAAAGAAUCACUAUCAGGAUCUGCUUGUCCGAUAUGGCCUGGAGAUUUUGAGUUACUAUAUAAGUAUGAAACAUAUAAUAACAGCUACAAAGAAUCACUAUCAGGAUCUGGUUGUCCGAUAUGGCCUGGAGAUUUUGAGUUACUAUAUAAGUAUGAAACAUAUAAUAACAGCUACAAAGAAUCACUAUCAGGAUCUGCUUGUCCGAUAUGGCCUGGAGAUUUUGAGUUACUAUAUAAGUAUGAAACAUAUAAUAACAGCUACAAAGAAUCACUAUCAGGAUCUGGUUGUCCGAUAUGGCCUGGAGAUUUUGAGUUACUAUAUAAGUAUGAAACAUAUAAUAACAGCUACAAAGAAUCACUAUCAGGAUCUGCUUGUCCGAUAUGGCCUGGAGAUUUUGAGUUACUAUAUAAGUAUGAAACAUAUAAUAACAGCUACAAAGAAUCACUAUCAGGAUCUGGUUGUCCGAUAUGGCCUGGAGAUUUUGAGUUACUAUAUAAGUAUGAAACAUAUAAUAACAGCUACAAAGAAUCACUAUCAGGAUCUGCUUGUCCGAUAUGGCCUGGAGAUUUUGAGUUACUAUAUAAGUAUGAAACAUAUAAUAACAGCUACAAAGAAUCACUAUCAGGAUCUGCUUGUCCGAUAUGGCCUGGAGAUUUUGAGUUACUAUAUAAGUAUGAAACAUAUAAUAACAGCUACAAAGAAUCACUAUCAGGAUCUGGUUGUCCGAUAUGGCCUGGAGAUUUUGAGUUACUAUAUAAGUAUGAAACAUAUAAUAACAGCUACAAAGAAUCACUAUCAGGAUCUGGUUGUCCGAUAUGGCCUGGAGAUUUUGAGUUACUAUAUAAGUAUGAAACAUAUAAUAACAGCUACAAAGAAUCACUAUCAGGAUCUGGUUGUCCGAUAUGGCCUGGAGAUUUUGAGUUACUAUAUAAGUAUGAAACAUAUAAUAACAGCUACAAAGAAUCACUAUCAGGAUCUGGUUGUCCGAUAUGGCCUGGAGAUUUUGAGUUACUAUAUAAGUAUGAAACAUAUAAUAACAGCUACAAAGAAUCACUAUCAGGAUCUGGUUGUCCGAUAUGGCCUGGAGAUUUUGAGUUACUAUAUAAGUAUGAAACAUAUAACAACAGCUACAAAGAAUCACUAUCAGGAUCUGGUUGUCCGAUAUGGCCUGGAGAUUUUGAGUUACUAUAUAAGUAUGAAACAUAUAAUAACAGCUACAAAGAAUCACUAUCAGGAUCUGGUUGUCCGAUAUGGCCUGGAGAUUUUGAGUUACUAUAUAAGUAUGAAACAUAUAAUAACAGCUACAAAGAAUCACUAUCAGGAUCUGGUUGUCCGAUAUGGCCUGGAGAUUUUGAGUUACUAUAUAAGUAUGAAACAUAUAAUAACAGCUACAAAGAAUCACUAUCAGGAUCUGGUUGUCCGAUAUGGCCUGGAGAUUUUGAGUUACUAUAUAAGUAUGAAACAUAUAAUAACAGCUACAAAGAAUCACUAUCAGGAUCUGGUUGUCCGAUAUGGCCUGGAGAUUUUGAGUUACUAUAUAAGUAUGAAACAUAUAAUAACAGCUACAAAGAAUCACUAUCAGGAUCUGGUUGUCCGAUAUGGCCUGGAGAUUUUGAGUUACUAUAUAAGUAUGAAACAUAUAACAACAGCUACAAAGAAUCACUAUCAGGAUCUGGUUGUCCGAUAUGGCCUGGAGAUUUUGAGUUACUAUAUAAGUAUGAAACAUAUAAUAACAGCUACAAAGAAUCACUAUCAGGAUCUGGUUGUCCGAUAUGGCCUGGAGAUUUUGAGUUACUAUAUAAGUAUGAAACAUAUAAUAACAGCUACAAAGAAUCACUAUCAGGAUCUGCUUGUCCGAUAUGGCCUGGAGAUUUUGAGUUACUAUAUAAGUAUGAAACAUAUAAUAACAGCUACAAAGAAUCACUAUCAGGAUCUGCUUGUCCGAUAUGGCCUGGAGAUUUUGAGUUACUAUAUAAGUAUGAAACAUAUAAUAACAGCUACAAAGAAUCACUAUCAGGAUCUGCUUGUCCGAUAUGGCCUGGAGAUUUUGAGUUACUAUAUAAGUAUGAAACAUAUAAUAACAGCUACAAAGAAUCACUAUCAGGAUCUGGUUGUCCGAUAUGGCCUGGAGAUUUUGAGUUACUAUAUAAGUAUGAAACAUAUAAUAACAGCUACAAAGAAUCACUAUCAGGAUCUGCUUGUCCGAUAUGGCCUGGAGAUUUUGAGUUACUAUAUAAGUAUGAAACAUAUAAUAACAGCUACAAAGAAUCACUAUCAGGAUCUGGUUGUCCGAUAUGGCCUGGAGAUUUUGAGUUACUAUAUAAGUAUGAAACAUAUAAUAACAGCUACAAAGAAUCACUAUCAGGAUCUGGUUGUCCGAUAUGGCCUGGAGAUUUUGAGUUACUAUAUAAGUAUGAAACAUAUAACAACAGCUACAAAGAAUCACUAUCAGGAUCUGGUUGUCCGAUAUGGCCUGGAGAUUUUGAGUUACUAUAUAAGUAUGAAACAUAUAACAACAGCUACAAAGAAUCACUAUCAGGAUCUGGUUGUCCGAUAUGGCCUGGAGAUUUUGAGUUACUAUAUAAGUAUGAAACAUAUAAUAACAGCUACAAAGAAUCACUAUCAGGAUCUGCUUGUCCGAUAUGGCCUGGAGAUUUUGAGUUACUAUAUAAGUAUGAAACAUAUAAUAACAGCUACAAAGAAUCACUAUCAGGAUCUGCUUGUCCGAUAUGGCCUGGAGAUUUUGAGUUACUAUAUAAGUAUGAAACAUAUAAUAACAGCUACAAAGAAUCACUAUCAGGAUCUGCUUGUCCGAUAUGGCCUGGAGAUUUUGAGUUACUAUAUAAGUAUGAAACAUAUAAUAACAGCUACAAAGAAUCACUAUCAGGAUCUGCUUGUCCGAUAUGGCCUGGAGAUUUUGAGUUACUAUAUAAGUAUGAAACAUAUAAUAACAGCUACAAAGAAUCACUAUCAGGAUCUGGUUGUCCGAUAUGGCCUGGAGAUUUUGAGUUACUAUAUAAGUAUGAAACAUAUAAUAACAGCUACAAAGAAUCACUAUCAGGAUCUGGUUGUCCGAUAUGGCCUGGAGAUUUUGAGUUACUAUAUAAGUAUGAAACAUAUAAUAACAGCUACAAAGAAUCACUAUCAGGAUCUGGUUGUCCGAUAUGGCCUGGAGAUUUUGAGUUACUAUAUAAGUAUGAAACAUAUAAUAACAGCUACAAAGAAUCACUAUCAGGAUCUGGUUGUCCGAUAUGGCCUGGAGAUUUUGAGUUACUAUAUAAGUAUGAAACAUAUAAUAACAGCUACAAAGAAUCACUAUCAGGAUCUGGUUGUCCGAUAUGGCCUGGAGAUUUUGAGUUACUAUAUAAGUAUGAAACAUAUAACAACAGCUACAAAGAAUCACUAUCAGGAUCUGGUUGUCCGAUAUGGCCUGGAGAUCUUGAGUUACUAUAUAAGUAUGAAACAUAUAAUAACAGCUACAAAGAAUCACUAUCAGGAUCUGGUUGUCCGAUAUGGCCUGGAGAUCUUGAGUUACUAUAUAAGUAUGAAACAUAUAAUAACAGCUACAAAGAAUCACUAUCAGGAUCUGGUUGUCCGAUAUGGCCUGGAGAUCUUGAGUUACUAUAUAAGUAUGAAACAUAUAAUAACAGCUACAAAGAAUCACUAUCAGGAUCUGGUUGUCCGAUAUGGCCUGGAGAUCUUGAGUUACUAUAUAAGUAUGAAACAUAUAAUAACAGCUACAAAGAAUCACUAUCAGGAUCUGGUUGUCCGAUAUGGCCUGGAGAUUUUGAGUUACUAUAUAAGUAUGAAACAUAUAAUAACAGCUACAAAGAAUCACUAUCAGGAUCUGCUUGUCCGAUAUGGCCUGGAGAUUUUGAGUUACUAUAUAAGUAUGAAACAUAUAAUAACAGCUACAAAGAAUCACUAUCAGGAUCUGCUUGUCCGAUAUGGCCUGGAGAUUUUGAGUUACUAUAUAAGUAUGAAACAUAUAAUAACAGCUACAAAGAAUCACUAUCAGGAUCUGCUUGUCCGAUAUGGCCUGGAGAUUUUGAGUUACUAUAUAAGUAUGAAACAUAUAAUAACAGCUACAAAGAAUCACUAUCAGGAUCUGCUUGUCCGAUAUGGCCUGGAGAUUUUGAGUUACUAUAUAAGUAUGAAACAUAUAAUAACAGCUACAAAGAAUCACUAUCAGGAUCUGCUUGUCCGAUAUGGCCUGGAGAUUUUGAGUUACUAUAUAAGUAUGAAACAUAUAAUAACAGCUACAAAGAAUCACUAUCAGGAUCUGGUUGUCCGAUAUGGCCUGGAGAUUUUGAGUUACUAUAUAAGUAUGAAACAUAUAAUAACAGCUACAAAGAAUCACUAUCAGGAUCUGGUUGUCCGAUAUGGCCUGGAGAUUUUGAGUUACUAUAUAAGUAUGAAACAUAUAAUAACAGCUACAAAGAAUCACUAUCAGGAUCUGGUUGUCCGAUAUGGCCUGGAGAUUUUGAGUUACUAUAUAAGUGUGAAACAUAUAAUAACAGCUACAAAGAAUCACUAUCAGGAUCUGGUUGUCCGAUAUGGCCUGGAGAUUUUGAGUUACUAUAUAAGUAUGAAACAUAUAAUAACAGCUACAAAGAAUCACUAUCAGGAUCUGGUUGUCCGAUAUGGCCUGGAGAUUUUGAGUUACUAUAUAAGUAUGAAACAUAUAAUAACAGCUACAAAGAAUCACUAUCAGGAUCUGGUUGUCCGAUAUGGCCUGGAGAUUUUGAGUUACUAUAUAAGUAUGAAACAUAUAAUAACAGCUACAAAGAAUCACUAUCAGGAUCUGGUUGUCCGAUAUGGCCUGGAGAUUUUGAGUUACUAUAUAAGUAUGAAACAUAUAAUAACAGCUACAAAGAAUCACUAUCAGGAUCUGGUUGUCCGAUAUGGCCUGGAGAUUUUGAGUUACUAUAUAAGUAUGAAACAUAUAAUAACAGCUACAAAGAAUCACUAUCAGGAUCUGGUUGUCCGAUAUGGCCUGGAGAUUUUGAGUUACUAUAUAAGUAUGAAACAUAUAAUAACAGCUACAAAGAAUCACUAUCAGGAUCUGCUUGUCCGAUAUGGCCUGGAGAUUUUGAGUUACUAUAUAAGUAUGAAACAUAUAAUAACAGCUACAAAGAAUCACUAUCAGGAUCUGCUUGUCCGAUAUGGCCUGGAGAUUUUGAGUUACUAUAUAAGUAUGAAACAUAUAAUAACAGCUACAAAGAAUCACUAUCAGGAUCUGCUUGUCCGAUAUGGCCUGGAGAUUUUGAGUUACUAUAUAAGUAUGAAACAUAUAAUAACAGCUACAAAGAAUCACUAUCAGGAUCUGGUUGUCCGAUAUGGCCUGGAGAUUUUGAGUUACUAUAUAAGUAUGAAACAUAUAAUAACAGCUACAAAGAAUCACUAUCAGGAUCUGGUUGUCCGAUAUGGCCUGGAGAUUUUGAGUUACUAUAUAAGUAUGAAACAUAUAAUAACAGCUACAAAGAAUCACUAUCAGGAUCUGCUUGUCCGAUAUGGCCUGGAGAUUUUGAGUUACUAUAUAAGUAUGAAACAUAUAAUAACAGCUACAAAGAAUCACUAUCAGGAUCUGCUUGUCCGAUAUGGCCUGGAGAUUUUGAGUUACUAUAUAAGUAUGAAACAUAUAAUAACAGCUACAAAGAAUCACUAUCAGGAUCUGCUUGUCCGAUAUGGCCUGGAGAUUUUGAGUUACUAUAUAAGUAUGAAACAUAUAAUAACAGCUACAAAGAAUCACUAUCAGGAUCUGCUUGUCCGAUAUGGCCUGGAGAUUUUGAGUUACUAUAUAAGUAUGAAACAUAUAAUAACAGCUACAAAGAAUCACUAUCAGGAUCUGCUUGUCCGAUAUGGCCUGGAGAUUUUGAGUUACUAUAUAAGUAUGAAACAUAUAAUAACAGCUACAAAGAAUCACUAUCAGGAUCUGGUUGUCCGAUAUGGCCUGGAGAUUUUGAGUUACUAUAUAAGUAUGAAACAUAUAAUAACAGCUACAAAGAAUCACUAUCAGGAUCUGGUUGUCCGAUAUGGCCUGGAGAUUUUGAGUUACUAUAUAAGUAUGAAACAUAUAAUAACAGCUACAAAGAAUCACUAUCAGGAUCUGGUUGUCCGAUAUGGCCUGGAGAUUUUGAGUUACUAUAUAAGUAUGAAACAUAUAAUAACAGCUACAAAGAAUCACUAUCAGGAUCUGGUUGUCCGAUAUGGCCUGGAGAUUUUGAGUUACUAUAUAAGUAUGAAACAUAUAAUAACAGCUACAAAGAAUCACUAUCAGGAUCUGGUUGUCCGAUAUGGCCUGGAGAUUUUGAGUUACUAUAUAAGUAUGAAACAUAUAAUAACAGCUACAAAGAAUCACUAUCAGGAUCUGGUUGUCCGAUAUGGCCUGGAGAUUUUGAGUUACUAUAUAAGUAUGAAACAUAUAAUAACAGCUACAAAGAAUCACUAUCAGGAUCUGGUUGUCCGAUAUGGCCUGGAGAUUUUGAGUUACUAUAUAAGUAUGAAACAUAUAAUAACAGCUACAAAGAAUCACUAUCAGGAUCUGGUUGUCCGAUAUGGCCUGGAGAUUUUGAGUUACUAUAUAAGUAUGAAACAUAUAAUAACAGCUACAAAGAAUCACUAUCAGGAUCUGGUUGUCCGAUAUGGCCUGGAGAUUUUGAGUUACUAUAUAAGUAUGAAACAUAUAAUAACAGCUACAAAGAAUCACUAUCAGGAUCUGGUUGUCCGAUAUGGCCUGGAGAUUUUGAGUUACUAUAUAAGUAUGAAACAUAUAAUAACAGCUACAAAGAAUCACUAUCAGGAUCUGGUUGUCCGAUAUGGCCUGGAGAUUUUGAGUUACUAUAUAAGUAUGAAACAUAUAAUAACAGCUACAAAGAAUCACUAUCAGGAUCUGCUUGUCCGAUAUGGCCUGGAGAUUUUGAGUUACUAUAUAAGUAUGAAACAUAUAAUAACAGCUACAAAGAAUCACUAUCAGGAUCUGGUUGUCCGAUAUGGCCUGGAGAUUUUGAGUUACUAUAUAAGUAUGAAACAUAUAAUAACAGCUACAAAGAAUCACUAUCAGGAUCUGCUUGUCCGAUAUGGCCUGGAGAUUUUGAGUUACUAUAUAAGUAUGAAACAUAUAAUAACAGCUACAAAGAAUCACUAUCAGGAUCUGGUUGUCCGAUAUGGCCUGGAGAUUUUGAGUUACUAUAUAAGUAUGAAACAUAUAAUAACAGCUACAAAGAAUCACUAUCAGGAUCUGCUUGUCCGAUAUGGCCUGGAGAUUUUGAGUUACUAUAUAAGUAUGAAACAUAUAAUAACAGCUACAAAGAAUCACUAUCAGGAUCUGGUUGUCCGAUAUGGCCUGGAGAUUUUGAGUUACUAUAUAAGUAUGAAACAUAUAAUAACAGCUACAAAGAAUCACUAUCAGGAUCUGCUUGUCCGAUAUGGCCUGGAGAUUUUGAGUUACUAUAUAAGUAUGAAACAUAUAAUAACAGCUACAAAGAAUCACUAUCAGGAUCUGGUUGUCCGAUAUGGCCUGGAGAUUUUGAGUUACUAUAUAAGUAUGAAACAUAUAAUAACAGCUACAAAGAAUCACUAUCAGGAUCUGGUUGUCCGAUAUGGCCUGGAGAUUUUGAGUUACUAUAUAAGUAUGAAACAUAUAAUAACAGCUACAAAGAAUCACUAUCAGGAUCUGGUUGUCCGAUAUGGCCUGGAGAUUUUGAGUUACUAUAUAAGUAUGAAACAUAUAAUAACAGCUACAAAGAAUCACUAUCAGGAUCUGGUUGUCCGAUAUGGCCUGGAGAUUUUGAGUUACUAUAUAAGUAUGAAACAUAUAAUAACAGCUACAAAGAAUCACUAUCAGGAUCUGGUUGUCCGAUAUGGCCUGGAGAUUUUGAGUUACUAUAUAAGUAUGAAACAUAUAAUAACAGCUACAAAGAAUCACUAUCAGGAUCUGGUUGUCCGAUAUGGCCUGGAGAUUUUGAGUUACUAUAUAAGUAUGAAACAUAUAAUAACAGCUACAAAGAAUCACUAUCAGGAUCUGCUUGUCCGAUAUGGCCUGGAGAUUUUGAGUUACUAUAUAAGUAUGAAACAUAUAAUAACAGCUACAAAGAAUCACUAUCAGGAUCUGCUUGUCCGAUAUGGCCUGGAGAUUUUGAGUUACUAUAUAAGUAUGAAACAUAUAAUAACAGCUACAAAGAAUCACUAUCAGGAUCUGCUUGUCCGAUAUGGCCUGGAGAUUUUGAGUUACUAUAUAAGUAUGAAACAUAUAAUAACAGCUACAAAGAAUCACUAUCAGGAUCUGCUUGUCCGAUAUGGCCUGGAGAUUUUGAGUUACUAUAUAAGUAUGAAACAUAUAAUAACAGCUACAAAGAAUCACUAUCAGGAUCUGCUUGUCCGAUAUGGCCUGGAGAUUUUGAGUUACUAUAUAAGUAUGAAACAUAUAAUAACAGCUACAAAGAAUCACUAUCAGGAUCUGCUUGUCCGAUAUGGCCUGGAGAUUUUGAGUUACUAUAUAAGUAUGAAACAUAUAAUAACAGCUACAAAGAAUCACUAUCAGGAUCUGCUUGUCCGAUAUGGCCUGGAGAUUUUGAGUUACUAUAUAAGUAUGAAACAUAUAAUAACAGCUACAAAGAAUCACUAUCAGGAUCUGCUUGUCCGAUAUGGCCUGGAGAUUUUGAGUUACUAUAUAAGUAUGAAACAUAUAAUAACAGCUACAAAGAAUCACUAUCAGGAUCUGCUUGUCCGAUAUGGCCUGGAGAUUUUGAGUUACUAUAUAAGUAUGAAACAUAUAAUAACAGCUACAAAGAAUCACUAUCAGGAUCUGCUUGUCCGAUAUGGCCUGGAGAUUUUGAGUUACUAUAUAAGUAUGAAACAUAUAAUAACAGCUACAAAGAAUCACUAUCAGGAUCUGCUUGUCCGAUAUGGCCUGGAGAUUUUGAGUUACUAUAUAAGUAUGAAACAUAUAAUAACAGCUACAAAGAAUCACUAUCAGGAUCUGCUUGUCCGAUAUGGCCUGGAGAUUUUGAGUUACUAUAUAAGUAUGAAACAUAUAAUAACAGCUACAAAGAAUCACUAUCAGGAUCUGCUUGUCCGAUAUGGCCUGGAGAUUUUGAGUUACUAUAUAAGUAUGAAACAUAUAAUAACAGCUACAAAGAAUCACUAUCAGGAUCUGCUUGUCCGAUAUGGCCUGGAGAUUUUGAGUUACUAUAUAAGUAUGAAACAUAUAAUAACAGCUACAAAGAAUCACUAUCAGGAUCUGCUUGUCCGAUAUGGCCUGGAGAUUUUGAGUUACUAUAUAAGUAUGAAACAUAUAAUAACAGCUACAAAGAAUCACUAUCAGGAUCUGCUUGUCCGAUAUGGCCUGGAGAUUUUGAGUUACUAUAUAAGUAUGAAACAUAUAAUAACAGCUACAAAGAAUCACUAUCAGGAUCUGCUUGUCCGAUAUGGCCUGGAGAUUUUGAGUUACUAUAUAAGUAUGAAACAUAUAAUAACAGCUACAAAGAAUCACUAUCAGGAUCUGCUUGUCCGAUAUGGCCUGGAGAUUUUGAGUUACUAUAUAAGUAUGAAACAUAUAAUAACAGCUACAAAGAAUCACUAUCAGGAUCUGCUUGUCCGAUAUGGCCUGGAGAUUUUGAGUUACUAUAUAAGUAUGAAACAUAUAAUAACAGCUACAAAGAAUCACUAUCAGGAUCUGGUUGUCCGAUAUGGCCUGGAGAUUUUGAGUUACUAUAUAAGUAUGAAACAUAUAAUAACAGCUACAAAGAAUCACUAUCAGGAUCUGCUUGUCCGAUAUGGCCUGGAGAUUUUGAGUUACUAUAUAAGUAUGAAACAUAUAAUAACAGCUACAAAGAAUCACUAUCAGGAUCUGGUUGUCCGAUAUGGCCUGGAGAUUUUGAGUUACUAUAUAAGUAUGAAACAUAUAAUAACAGCUACAAAGAAUCACUAUCAGGAUCUGCUUGUCCGAUAUGGCCUGGAGAUUUUGAGUUACUAUAUAAGUAUGAAACAUAUAAUAACAGCUACAAAGAAUCACUAUCAGGAUCUGCUUGUCCGAUAUGGCCUGGAGAUUUUGAGUUACUAUAUAAGUAUGAAACAUAUAAUAACAGCUACAAAGAAUCACUAUCAGGAUCUGCUUGUCCGAUAUGGCCUGGAGAUUUUGAGUUACUAUAUAAGUAUGAAACAUAUAAUAACAGCUACAAAGAAUCACUAUCAGGAUCUGCUUGUCCGAUAUGGCCUGGAGAUUUUGAGUUACUAUAUAAGUAUGAAACAUAUAAUAACAGCUACAAAGAAUCACUAUCAGGAUCUGCUUGUCCGAUAUGGCCUGGAGAUUUUGAGUUACUAUAUAAGUAUGAAACAUAUAAUAACAGCUACAAAGAAUCACUAUCAGGAUCUGCUUGUCCGAUAUGGCCUGGAGAUUUUGAGUUACUAUAUAAGUAUGAAACAUAUAAUAACAGCUACAAAGAAUCACUAUCAGGAUCUGCUUGUCCGAUAUGGCCUGGAGAUUUUGAGUUACUAUAUAAGUAUGAAACAUAUAAUAACAGCUACAAAGAAUCACUAUCAGGAUCUGGUUGUCCGAUAUGGCCUGGAGAUUUUGAGUUACUAUAUAAGUAUGAAACAUAUAAUAACAGCUACAAAGAAUCACUAUCAGGAUCUGGUUGUCCGAUAUGGCCUGGAGAUUUUGAGUUACUAUAUAAGUAUGAAACAUAUAAUAACAGCUACAAAGAAUCACUAUCAGGAUCUGGUUGUCCGAUAUGGCCUGGAGAUUUUGAGUUACUAUAUAAGUAUGAAACAUAUAAUAACAGCUACAAAGAAUCACUAUCAGGAUCUGCUUGUCCGAUAUGGCCUGGAGAUUUUGAGUUACUAUAUAAGUAUGAAACAUAUAAUAACAGCUACAAAGAAUCACUAUCAGGAUCUGGUUGUCCGAUAUGGCCUGGAGAUUUUGAGUUACUAUAUAAGUAUGAAACAUAUAAUAACAGCUACAAAGAAUCACUAUCAGGAUCUGGUUGUCCGAUAUGGCCUGGAGAUUUUGAGUUACUAUAUAAGUAUGAAACAUAUAAUAACAGCUACAAAGAAUCACUAUCAGGAUCUGGUUGUCCGAUAUGGCCUGGAGAUUUUGAGUUACUAUAUAAGUAUGAAACAUAUAAUAACAGCUACAAAGAAUCACUAUCAGGAUCUGGUUGUCCGAUAUGGCCUGGAGAUUUUGAGUUACUAUAUAAGUAUGAAACAUAUAAUAACAGCUACAAAGAAUCACUAUCAGGAUCUGGUUGUCCGAUAUGGCCUGGAGAUUUUGAGUUACUAUAUAAGUAUGAAACAUAUAAUAACAGCUACAAAGAAUCACUAUCAGGAUCUGGUUGUCCGAUAUGGCCUGGAGAUUUUGAGUUACUAUAUAAGUAUGAAACAUAUAAUAACAGCUACAAAGAAUCACUAUCAGGAUCUGGUUGUCCGAUAUGGCCUGGAGAUUUUGAGUUACUAUAUAAGUAUGAAACAUAUAAUAACAGCUACAAAGAAUCACUAUCAGGAUCUGGUUGUCCGAUAUGGCCUGGAGAUUUUGAGUUACUAUAUAAGUAUGAAACAUAUAAUAACAGCUACAAAGAAUCACUAUCAGGAUCUGGUUGUCCGAUAUGGCCUGGAGAUUUUGAGUUACUAUAUAAGUAUGAAACAUAUAAUAACAGCUACAAAGAAUCACUAUCAGGAUCUGGUUGUCCGAUAUGGCCUGGAGAUUUUGAGUUACUAUAUAAGUAUGAAACAUAUAAUAACAGCUACAAAGAAUCACUAUCAGGAUCUGCUUGUCCGAUAUGGCCUGGAGAUUUUGAGUUACUAUAUAAGUAUGAAACAUAUAAUAACAGCUACAAAGAAUCACUAUCAGGAUCUGGUUGUCCGAUAUGGCCUGGAGAUUUUGAGUUACUAUAUAAGUAUGAAACAUAUAAUAACAGCUACAAAGAAUCACUAUCAGGAUCUGCUUGUCCGAUAUGGCCUGGAGAUUUUGAGUUACUAUAUAAGUAUGAAACAUAUAAUAACAGCUACAAAGAAUCACUAUCAGGAUCUGCUUGUCCGAUAUGGCCUGGAGAUUUUGAGUUACUAUAUAAGUAUGAAACAUAUAAUAACAGCUACAAAGAAUCACUAUCAGGAUCUGCUUGUCCGAUAUGGCCUGGAGAUUUUGAGUUACUAUAUAAGUAUGAAACAUAUAAUAACAGCUACAAAGAAUCACUAUCAGGAUCUGCUUGUCCGAUAUGGCCUGGAGAUUUUGAGUUACUAUAUAAGUAUGAAACAUAUAAUAACAGCUACAAAGAAUCACUAUCAGGAUCUGCUUGUCCGAUAUGGCCUGGAGAUUUUGAGUUACUAUAUAAGUAUGAAACAUAUAAUAACAGCUACAAAGAAUCACUAUCAGGAUCUGCUUGUCCGAUAUGGCCUGGAGAUUUUGAGUUACUAUAUAAGUAUGAAACAUAUAAUAACAGCUACAAAGAAUCACUAUCAGGAUCUGCUUGUCCGAUAUGGCCUGGAGAUUUUGAGUUACUAUAUAAGUAUGAAACAUAUAAUAACAGCUACAAAGAAUCACUAUCAGGAUCUGCUUGUCCGAUAUGGCCUGGAGAUUUUGAGUUACUAUAUAACUACAAAGAAUCACUAUCAGGAUCUGCUUGUCCGAUAUGGCCUGGAGAUUUUGAGUUACUAUAUAAGUAUGAAACAUAUAAUAACAGCUACAAAGAAUCACUAUCAGGAUCUGGUUGUCCGAUAUGGCCUGGAGAUUUUGAGUUACUAUAUAAGUAUGAAACAUAUAAUAACAGCUACAAAGAAUCACUAUCAGGAUCUGCUUGUCCGAUAUGGCCUGGAGAUUUUGAGUUACUAUAUAAGUAUGAAACAUAUAAUAACAGCUACAAAGAAUCACUAUCAGGAUCUGGUUGUCCGAUAUGGCCUGGAGAUUUUGAGUUACUAUAUAAGUAUGAAACAUAUAAUAACAGCUACAAAGAAUCACUAUCAGGAUCUGGUUGUCCGAUAUGGCCUGGAGAUUUUGAGUUACUAUAUAAGUAUGAAACAUAUAAUAACAGCUACAAAGAAUCACUAUCAGGAUCUGGUUGUCCGAUAUGGCCUGGAGAUUUUGAGUUACUAUAUAAGUAUGAAACAUAUAAUAACAGCUACAAAGAAUCACUAUCAGGAUCUGGUUGUCCGAUAUGGCCUGGAGAUUUUGAGUUACUAUAUAAGUAUGAAACAUAUAAUAACAGCUACAAAGAAUCACUAUCAGGAUCUGGUUGUCCGAUAUGGCCUGGAGAUUUUGAGUUACUAUAUAAGUAUGAAACAUAUAAUAACAGCUACAAAGAAUCACUAUCAGGAUCUGCUUGUCCGAUAUGGCCUGGAGAUUUUGAGUUACUAUAUAAGUAUGAAACAUAUAAUAACAGCUACAAAGAAUCACUAUCAGGAUCUGGUUGUCCGAUAUGGCCUGGAGAUUUUGAGUUACUAUAUAAGUAUGAAACAUAUAAUAACAGCUACAAAGAAUCACUAUCAGGAUCUGCUUGUCCGAUAUGGCCUGGAGAUUUUGAGUUACUAUAUAAGUAUGAAACAUAUAAUAACAGCUACAAAGAAUCACUAUCAGGAUCUGGUUGUCCGAUAUGGCCUGGAGAUUUUGAGUUACUAUAUAAGUAUGAAACAUAUAAUAACAGCUACAAAGAAUCACUAUCAGGAUCUGGUUGUCCGAUAUGGCCUGGAGAUUUUGAGUUACUAUAUAAGUAUGAAACAUAUAAUAACAGCUACAAAGAAUCACUAUCAGGAUCUGGUUGUCCGAUAUGGCCUGGAGAUUUUGAGUUACUAUAUAAGUAUGAAACAUAUAAUAACAGCUACAAAGAAUCACUAUCAGGAUCUGGUUGUCCGAUAUGGCCUGGAGAUUUUGAGUUACUAUAUAAGUAUGAAACAUAUAAUAACAGCUACAAAGAAUCACUAUCAGGAUCUGCUUGUCCGAUAUGGCCUGGAGAUUUUGAGUUACUAUAUAAGUAUGAAACAUAUAAUAACAGCUACAAAGAAUCACUAUCAGGAUCUGCUUGUCCGAUAUGGCCUGGAGAUUUUGAGUUACUAUAUAACUACAAAGAAUCACUAUCAGGAUCUGGUUGUCCGAUAUGGCCUGGAGAUUUUGAGUUACUAUAUAAGUAUGAAACAUAUAAUAACAGCUACAAAGAAUCACUAUCAGGAUCUGGUUGUCCGAUAUGGCCUGGAGAUUUUGAGUUACUAUAUAAGUAUGAAACAUAUAAUAACAGCUACAAAGAAUCACUAUCAGGAUCUGGUUGUCCGAUAUGGCCUGGAGAUUUUGAGUUACUAUAUAAGUAUGAAACAUAUAAUAACAGCUACAAAGAAUCACUAUCAGGAUCUGGUUGUCCGAUAUGGCCUGGAGAUUUUGAGUUACUAUAUAAGUAUGAAACAUAUAAUAACAGCUACAAAGAAUCACUAUCAGGAUCUGGUUGUCCGAUAUGGCCUGGAGAUUUUGAGUUACUAUAUAAGUAUGAAACAUAUAAUAACAGCUACAAAGAAUCACUAUCAGGAUCUGGUUGUCCGAUAUGGCCUGGAGAUUUUGAGUUACUAUAUAAGUAUGAAACAUAUAAUAACAGCUACAAAGAAUCACUAUCAGGAUCUGCUUGUCCGAUAUGGCCUGGAGAUUUUGAGUUACUAUAUAAGUAUGAAACAUAUAAUAACAGCUACAAAGAAUCACUAUCAGGAUCUGGUUGUCCGAUAUGGCCUGGAGAUUUUGAGUUACUAUAUAAGUAUGAAACAUAUAAUAACAGCUACAAAGAAUCACUAUCAGGAUCUGCUUGUCCGAUAUGGCCUGGAGAUUUUGAGUUACUAUAUAAGUAUGAAACAUAUAAUAACAGCUACAAAGAAUCACUAUCAGGAUCUGCUUGUCCGAUAUGGCCUGGAGAUUUUGAGUUACUAUAUAAGUAUGAAACAUAUAAUAACAGCUACAAAGAAUCACUAUCAGGAUCUGGUUGUCCGAUAUGGCCUGGAGAUUUUGAGUUACUAUAUAAGUAUGAAACAUAUAAUAACAGCUACAAAGAAUCACUAUCAGGAUCUGCUUGUCCGAUAUGGCCUGGAGAUUUUGAGUUACUAUAUAAGUAUGAAACAUAUAAUAACAGCUACAAAGAAUCACUAUCAGGAUCUGGUUGUCCGAUAUGGCCUGGAGAUUUUGAGUUACUAUAUAAGUAUGAAACAUAUAAUAACAGCUACAAAGAAUCACUAUCAGGAUCUGGUUGUCCGAUAUGGCCUGGAGAUUUUGAGUUACUAUAUAAGUAUGAAACAUAUAAUAACAGCUACAAAGAAUCACUAUCAGGAUCUGCUUGUCCGAUAUGGCCUGGAGAUUUUGAGUUACUAUAUAAGUAUGAAACAUAUAAUAACAGCUACAAAGAAUCACUAUCAGGAUCUGCUUGUCCGAUAUGGCCUGGAGAUUUUGAGUUACUAUAUAAGUAUGAAACAUAUAAUAACAGCUACAAAGAAUCACUAUCAGGAUCUGCUUGUCCGAUAUGGCCUGGAGAUUUUGAGUUACUAUAUAAGUAUGAAACAUAUAAUAACAGCUACAAAGAAUCACUAUCAGGAUCUGGUUGUCCGAUAUGGCCUGGAGAUUUUGAGUUACUAUAUAAGUAUGAAACAUAUAAUAACAGCUACAAAGAAUCACUAUCAGGAUCUGGUUGUCCGAUAUGGCCUGGAGAUUUUGAGUUACUAUAUAAGUAUGAAACAUAUAAUAACAGCUACAAAGAAUCACUAUCAGGAUCUGGUUGUCCGAUAUGGCCUGGAGAUUUUGAGUUACUAUAUAAGUAUGAAACAUAUAAUAACAGCUACAAAGAAUCACUAUCAGGAUCUGGUUGUCCGAUAUGGCCUGGAGAUUUUGAGUUACUAUAUAAGUAUGAAACAUAUAAUAACAGCUACAAAGAAUCACUAUCAGGAUCUGGUUGUCCGAUAUGGCCUGGAGAUUUUGAGUUACUAUAUAAGUAUGAAACAUAUAAUAACAGCUACAAAGAAUCACUAUCAGGAUCUGGUUGUCCGAUAUGGCCUGGAGAUUUUGAGUUACUAUAUAAGUAUGAAACAUAUAAUAACAGCUACAAAGAAUCACUAUCAGGAUCUGGUUGUCCGAUAUGGCCUGGAGAUUUUGAGUUACUAUAUAAGUAUGAAACAUAUAAUAACAGCUACAAAGAAUCACUAUCAGGAUCUGGUUGUCCGAUAUGGCCUGGAGAUUUUGAGUUACUAUAUAAGUAUGAAACAUAUAAUAACAGCUACAAAGAAUCACUAUCAGGAUCUGGUUGUCCGAUAUGGCCUGGAGAUUUUGAGUUACUAUAUAAGUAUGAAACAUAUAAUAACAGCUACAAAGAAUCACUAUCAGGAUCUGGUUGUCCGAUAUGGCCUGGAGAUUUUGAGUUACUAUAUAAGUAUGAAACAUAUAAUAACAGCUACAAAGAAUCACUAUCAGGAUCUGCUUGUCCGAUAUGGCCUGGAGAUUUUGAGUUACUAUAUAAGUAUGAAACAUAUAAUAACAGCUACAAAGAAUCACUAUCAGGAUCUGGUUGUCCGAUAUGGCCUGGAGAUUUUGAGUUACUAUAUAAGUAUGAAACAUAUAAUAACAGCUACAAAGAAUCACUAUCAGGAUCUGGUUGUCCGAUAUGGCCUGGAGAUUUUGAGUUACUAUAUAAGUAUGAAACAUAUAAUAACAGCUACAAAGAAUCACUAUCAGGAUCUGCUUGUCCGAUAUGGCCUGGAGAUUUUGAGUUACUAUAUAAGUAUGAAACAUAUAAUAACAGCUACAAAGAAUCACUAUCAGGAUCUGCUUGUCCGAUAUGGCCUGGAGAUUUUGAGUUACUAUAUAAGUAUGAAACAUAUAAUAACAGCUACAAAGAAUCACUAUCAGGAUCUGCUUGUCCGAUAUGGCCUGGAGAUUUUGAGUUACUAUAUAAGUAUGAAACAUAUAAUAACAGCUACAAAGAAUCACUAUCAGGAUCUGGUUGUCCGAUAUGGCCUGGAGAUUUUGAGUUACUAUAUAAGUAUGAAACAUAUAAUAACAGCUACAAAGAAUCACUAUCAGGAUCUGGUUGUCCGAUAUGGCCUGGAGAUUUUGAGUUACUAUAUAAGUAUGAAACAUAUAAUAACAGCUACAAAGAAUCACUAUCAGGAUCUGGUUGUCCGAUAUGGCCUGGAGAUUUUGAGUUACUAUAUAAGUAUGAAACAUAUAAUAACAGCUACAAAGAAUCACUAUCAGGAUCUGGUUGUCCGAUAUGGCCUGGAGAUUUUGAGUUACUAUAUAAGUAUGAAACAUAUAAUAACAGCUACAAAGAAUCACUAUCAGGAUCUGGUUGUCCGAUAUGGCCUGGAGAUUUUGAGUUACUAUAUAAGUAUGAAACAUAUAAUAACAGCUACAAAGAAUCACUAUCAGGAUCUGGUUGUCCGAUAUGGCCUGGAGAUUUUGAGUUACUAUAUAAGUAUGAAACAUAUAAUAACAGCUACAAAGAAUCACUAUCAGGAUCUGGUUGUCCGAUAUGGCCUGGAGAUUUUGAGUUACUAUAUAAGUAUGAAACAUAUAAUAACAGCUACAAAGAAUCACUAUCAGGAUCUGGUUGUCCGAUAUGGCCUGGAGAUUUUGAGUUACUAUAUAAGUAUGAAACAUAUAAUAACAGCUACAAAGAAUCACUAUCAGGAUCUGGUUGUCCGAUAUGGCCUGGAGAUUUUGAGUUACUAUAUAACUACAAAGAAUCACUAUCAGGAUCUGCUUGUCCGAUAUGGCCUGGAGAUUUUGAGUUACUAUAUAAGUAUGAAACAUAUAAUAACAGCUACAAAGAAUCACUAUCAGGAUCUGGUUGUCCGAUAUGGCCUGGAGAUUUUGAGUUACUAUAUAAGUAUGAAACAUAUAAUAACAGCUACAAAGAAUCACUAUCAGGAUCUGCUUGUCCGAUAUGGCCUGGAGAUUUUGAGUUACUAUAUAAGUAUGAAACAUAUAAUAACAGCUACAAAGAAUCACUAUCAGGAUCUGGUUGUCCGAUAUGGCCUGGAGAUUUUGAGUUACUAUAUAAGUAUGAAACAUAUAAUAACAGCUACAAAGAAUCACUAUCAGGAUCUGGUUGUCCGAUAUGGCCUGGAGAUUUUGAGUUACUAUAUAAGUAUGAAACAUAUAAUAACAGCUACAAAGAAUCACUAUCAGGAUCUGGUUGUCCGAUAUGGCCUGGAGAUUUUGAGUUACUAUAUAAGUAUGAAACAUAUAAUAACAGCUACAAAGAAUCACUAUCAGGAUCUGCUUGUCCGAUAUGGCCUGGAGAUUUUGAGUUACUAUAUAAGUAUGAAACAUAUAAUAACAGCUACAAAGAAUCACUAUCAGGAUCUGCUUGUCCGAUAUGGCCUGGAGAUUUUGAGUUACUAUAUAAGUAUGAAACAUAUAAUAACAGCUACAAAGAAUCACUAUCAGGAUCUGGUUGUCCGAUAUGGCCUGGAGAUUUUGAGUUACUAUAUAAGUAUGAAACAUAUAAUAACAGCUACAAAGAAUCACUAUCAGGAUCUGCUUGUCCGAUAUGGCCUGGAGAUUUUGAGUUACUAUAUAAGUAUGAAACAUAUAAUAACAGCUACAAAGAAUCACUAUCAGGAUCUGCUUGUCCGAUAUGGCCUGGAGAUUUUGAGUUACUAUAUAAGUAUGAAACAUAUAAUAACAGCUACAAAGAAUCACUAUCAGGAUCUGCUUGUCCGAUAUGGCCUGGAGAUUUUGAGUUACUAUAUAACUACAAAGAAUCACUAUCAGGAUCUGCUUGUCCGAUAUGGCCUGGAGAUUUUGAGUUACUAUAUAAGUAUGAAACAUAUAAUAACAGCUACAAAGAAUCACUAUCAGGAUCUGCUUGUCCGAUAUGGCCUGGAGAUUUUGAGUUACUAUAUAAGUAUGAAACAUAUAAUAACAGCUACAAAGAAUCACUAUCAGGAUCUGCUUGUCCGAUAUGGCCUGGAGAUUUUGAGUUACUAUAUAAGUAUGAAACAUAUAAUAACAGCUACAAAGAAUCACUAUCAGGAUCUGGUUGUCCGAUAUGGCCUGGAGAUUUUGAGUUACUAUAUAAGUAUGAAACAUAUAAUAACAGCUACAAAGAAUCACUAUCAGGAUCUGCUUGUCCGAUAUGGCCUGGAGAUUUUGAGUUACUAUAUAAGUAUGAAACAUAUAAUAACAGCUACAAAGAAUCACUAUCAGGAUCUGGUUGUCCGAUAUGGCCUGGAGAUUUUGAGUUACUAUAUAAGUAUGAAACAUAUAAUAACAGCUACAAAGAAUCACUAUCAGGAUCUGGUUGUCCGAUAUGGCCUGGAGAUUUUGAGUUACUAUAUAAGUAUGAAACAUAUAAUAACAGCUACAAAGAAUCACUAUCAGGAUCUGGUUGUCCGAUAUGGCCUGGAGAUUUUGAGUUACUAUAUAAGUAUGAAACAUAUAAUAACAGCUACAAAGAAUCACUAUCAGGAUCUGGUUGUCCGAUAUGGCCUGGAGAUUUUGAGUUACUAUAUAAGUAUGAAACAUAUAAUAACAGCUACAAAGAAUCACUAUCAGGAUCUGGUUGUCCGAUAUGGCCUGGAGAUUUUGAGUUACUAUAUAAGUAUGAAACAUAUAAUAACAGCUACAAAGAAUCACUAUCAGGAUCUGCUUGUCCGAUAUGGCCUGGAGAUUUUGAGUUACUAUAUAAGUAUGAAACAUAUAAUAACAGCUACAAAGAAUCACUAUCAGGAUCUGCUUGUCCGAUAUGGCCUGGAGAUUUUGAGUUACUAUAUAAGUAUGAAACAUAUAAUAACAGCUACAAAGAAUCACUAUCAGGAUCUGGUUGUCCGAUAUGGCCUGGAGAUUUUGAGUUACUAUAUAAGUAUGAAACAUAUAAUAACAGCUACAAAGAAUCACUAUCAGGAUCUGCUUGUCCGAUAUGGCCUGGAGAUUUUGAGUUACUAUAUAAGUAUGAAACAUAUAAUAACAGCUACAAAGAAUCACUAUCAGGAUCUGGUUGUCCGAUAUGGCCUGGAGAUUUUGAGUUACUAUAUAAGUAUGAAACAUAUAAUAACAGCUACAAAGAAUCACUAUCAGGAUCUGGUUGUCCGAUAUGGCCUGGAGAUUUUGAGUUACUAUAUAAGUAUGAAACAUAUAAUAACAGCUACAAAGAAUCACUAUCAGGAUCUGGUUGUCCGAUAUGGCCUGGAGAUUUUGAGUUACUAUAUAAGUAUGAAACAUAUAAUAACAGCUACAAAGAAUCACUAUCAGGAUCUGGUUGUCCGAUAUGGCCUGGAGAUUUUGAGUUACUAUAUAAGUAUGAAACAUAUAAUAACAGCUACAAAGAAUCACUAUCAGGAUCUGCUUGUCCGAUAUGGCCUGGAGAUUUUGAGUUACUAUAUAAGUAUGAAACAUAUAAUAACAGCUACAAAGAAUCACUAUCAGGAUCUGCUUGUCCGAUAUGGCCUGGAGAUUUUGAGUUACUAUAUAAGUAUGAAACAUAUAAUAACAGCUACAAAGAAUCACUAUCAGGAUCUGGUUGUCCGAUAUGGCCUGGAGAUUUUGAGUUACUAUAUAAGUAUGAAACAUAUAAUAACAGCUACAAAGAAUCACUAUCAGGAUCUGGUUGUCCGAUAUGGCCUGGAGAUUUUGAGUUACUAUAUAAGUAUGAAACAUAUAAUAACAGCUACAAAGAAUCACUAUCAGGAUCUGGUUGUCCGAUAUGGCCUGGAGAUUUUGAGUUACUAUAUAAGUAUGAAACAUAUAAUAACAGCUACAAAGAAUCACUAUCAGGAUCUGGUUGUCCGAUAUGGCCUGGAGAUUUUGAGUUACUAUAUAAGUAUGAAACAUAUAAUAACAGCUACAAAGAAUCACUAUCAGGAUCUGCUUGUCCGAUAUGGCCUGGAGAUUUUGAGUUACUAUAUAAGUAUGAAACAUAUAAUAACAGCUACAAAGAAUCACUAUCAGGAUCUGCUUGUCCGAUAUGGCCUGGAGAUUUUGAGUUACUAUAUAAGUAUGAAACAUAUAAUAACAGCUACAAAGAAUCACUAUCAGGAUCUGCUUGUCCGAUAUGGCCUGGAGAUUUUGAGUUACUAUAUAAGUAUGAAACAUAUAAUAACAGCUACAAAGAAUCACUAUCAGGAUCUGGUUGUCCGAUAUGGCCUGGAGAUUUUGAGUUACUAUAUAAGUAUGAAACAUAUAAUAACAGCUACAAAGAAUCACUAUCAGGAUCUGGUUGUCCGAUAUGGCCUGGAGAUUUUGAGUUACUAUAUAAGUAUGAAACAUAUAAUAACAGCUACAAAGAAUCACUAUCAGGAUCUGGUUGUCCGAUAUGGCCUGGAGAUUUUGAGUUACUAUAUAAGUAUGAAACAUAUAAUAACAGCUACAAAGAAUCACUAUCAGGAUCUGGUUGUCCGAUAUGGCCUGGAGAUUUUGAGUUACUAUAUAAGUAUGAAACAUAUAAUAACAGCUACAAAGAAUCACUAUCAGGAUCUGGUUGUCCGAUAUGGCCUGGAGAUUUUGAGUUACUAUAUAAGUAUGAAACAUAUAAUAACAGCUACAAAGAAUCACUAUCAGGAUCUGGUUGUCCGAUAUGGCCUGGAGAUUUUGAGUUACUAUAUAAGUAUGAAACAUAUAAUAACAGCUACAAAGAAUCACUAUCAGGAUCUGGUUGUCCGAUAUGGCCUGGAGAUUUUGAGUUACUAUAUAAGUAUGAAACAUAUAAUAACAGCUACAAAGAAUCACUAUCAGGAUCUGGUUGUCCGAUAUGGCCUGGAGAUUUUGAGUUACUAUAUAAGUAUGAAACAUAUAAUAACAGCUACAAAGAAUCACUAUCAGGAUCUGCUUGUCCGAUAUGGCCUGGAGAUUUUGAGUUACUAUAUAAGUAUGAAACAUAUAAUAACAGCUACAAAGAAUCACUAUCAGGAUCUGCUUGUCCGAUAUGGCCUGGAGAUUUUGAGUUACUAUAUAAGUAUGAAACAUAUAAUAACAGCUACAAAGAAUCACUAUCAGGAUCUGCUUGUCCGAUAUGGCCUGGAGAUUUUGAGUUACUAUAUAAGUAUGAAACAUAUAAUAACAGCUACAAAGAAUCACUAUCAGGAUCUGCUUGUCCGAUAUGGCCUGGAGAUUUUGAGUUACUAUAUAAGUAUGAAACAUAUAAUAACAGCUACAAAGAAUCACUAUCAGGAUCUGCUUGUCCGAUAUGGCCUGGAGAUUUUGAGUUACUAUAUAAGUAUGAAACAUAUAAUAACAGCUACAAAGAAUCACUAUCAGGAUCUGCUUGUCCGAUAUGGCCUGGAGAUUUUGAGUUACUAUAUAAGUAUGAAACAUAUAAUAACAGCUACAAAGAAUCACUAUCAGGAUCUGCUUGUCCGAUAUGGCCUGGAGAUUUUGAGUUACUAUAUAAGUAUGAAACAUAUAAUAACAGCUACAAAGAAUCACUAUCAGGAUCUGCUUGUCCGAUAUGGCCUGGAGAUUUUGAGUUACUAUAUAAGUAUGAAACAUAUAAUAACAGCUACAAAGAAUCACUAUCAGGAUCUGGUUGUCCGAUAUGGCCUGGAGAUUUUGAGUUACUAUAUAAGUAUGAAACAUAUAAUAACAGCUACAAAGAAUCACUAUCAGGAUCUGGUUGUCCGAUAUGGCCUGGAGAUUUUGAGUUACUAUAUAAGUAUGAAACAUAUAAUAACAGCUACAAAGAAUCACUAUCAGGAUCUGGUUGUCCGAUAUGGCCUGGAGAUUUUGAGUUACUAUAUAAGUAUGAAACAUAUAAUAACAGCUACAAAGAAUCACUAUCAGGAUCUGGUUGUCCGAUAUGGCCUGGAGAUUUUGAGUUACUAUAUAAGUAUGAAACAUAUAAUAACAGCUACAAAGAAUCACUAUCAGGAUCUGCUUGUCCGAUAUGGCCUGGAGAUUUUGAGUUACUAUAUAAGUAUGAAACAUAUAAUAACAGCUACAAAGAAUCACUAUCAGGAUCUGGUUGUCCGAUAUGGCCUGGAGAUUUUGAGUUACUAUAUAAGUAUGAAACAUAUAAUAACAGCUACAAAGAAUCACUAUCAGGAUCUGGUUGUCCGAUAUGGCCUGGAGAUUUUGAGUUACUAUAUAAGUAUGAAACAUAUAAUAACAGCUACAAAGAAUCACUAUCAGGAUCUGGUUGUCCGAUAUGGCCUGGAGAUUUUGAGUUACUAUAUAAGUAUGAAACAUAUAAUAACAGCUACAAAGAAUCACUAUCAGGAUCUGGUUGUCCGAUAUGGCCUGGAGAUUUUGAGUUACUAUAUAAGUAUGAAACAUAUAAUAACAGCUACAAAGAAUCACUAUCAGGAUCUGGUUGUCCGAUAUGGCCUGGAGAUUUUGAGUUACUAUAUAAGUAUGAAACAUAUAAUAACAGCUACAAAGAAUCACUAUCAGGAUCUGGUUGUCCGAUAUGGCCUGGAGAUUUUGAGUUACUAUAUAAGUAUGAAACAUAUAAUAACAGCUACAAAGAAUCACUAUCAGGAUCUGGUUGUCCGAUAUGGCCUGGAGAUUUUGAGUUACUAUAUAAGUAUGAAACAUAUAAUAACAGCUACAAAGAAUCACUAUCAGGAUCUGGUUGUCCGAUAUGGCCUGGAGAUUUUGAGUUACUAUAUAAGUAUGAAACAUAUAAUAACAGCUACAAAGAAUCACUAUCAGGAUCUGGUUGUCCGAUAUGGCCUGGAGAUUUUGAGUUACUAUAUAAGUAUGAAACAUAUAAUAACAGCUACAAAGAAUCACUAUCAGGAUCUGCUUGUCCGAUAUGGCCUGGAGAUUUUGAGUUACUAUAUAAGUAUGAAACAUAUAAUAACAGCUACAAAGAAUCACUAUCAGGAUCUGCUUGUCCGAUAUGGCCUGGAGAUUUUGAGUUACUAUAUAAGUAUGAAACAUAUAAUAACAGCUACAAAGAAUCACUAUCAGGAUCUGCUUGUCCGAUAUGGCCUGGAGAUUUUGAGUUACUAUAUAAGUAUGAAACAUAUAAUAACAGCUACAAAGAAUCACUAUCAGGAUCUGGUUGUCCGAUAUGGCCUGGAGAUUUUGAGUUACUAUAUAAGUAUGAAACAUAUAAUAACAGCUACAAAGAAUCACUAUCAGGAUCUGCUUGUCCGAUAUGGCCUGGAGAUUUUGAGUUACUAUAUAAGUAUGAAACAUAUAAUAACAGCUACAAAGAAUCACUAUCAGGAUCUGGUUGUCCGAUAUGGCCUGGAGAUUUUGAGUUACUAUAUAAGUAUGAAACAUAUAAUAACAGCUACAAAGAAUCACUAUCAGGAUCUGGUUGUCCGAUAUGGCCUGGAGAUUUUGAGUUACUAUAUAAGUAUGAAACAUAUAAUAACAGCUACAAAGAAUCACUAUCAGGAUCUGGUUGUCCGAUAUGGCCUGGAGAUUUUGAGUUACUAUAUAAGUAUGAAACAUAUAAUAACAGCUACAAAGAAUCACUAUCAGGAUCUGGUUGUCCGAUAUGGCCUGGAGAUUUUGAGUUACUAUAUAAGUAUGAAACAUAUAAUAACAGCUACAAAGAAUCACUAUCAGGAUCUGGUUGUCCGAUAUGGCCUGGAGAUUUUGAGUUACUAUAUAAGUAUGAAACAUAUAAUAACAGCUACAAAGAAUCACUAUCAGGAUCUGCUUGUCCGAUAUGGCCUGGAGAUUUUGAGUUACUAUAUAAGUAUGAAACAUAUAAUAACAGCUACAAAGAAUCACUAUCAGGAUCUGCUUGUCCGAUAUGGCCUGGAGAUUUUGAGUUACUAUAUAAGUAUGAAACAUAUAAUAACAGCUACAAAGAAUCACUAUCAGGAUCUGGUUGUCCGAUAUGGCCUGGAGAUUUUGAGUUACUAUAUAAGUAUGAAACAUAUAAUAACAGCUACAAAGAAUCACUAUCAGGAUCUGGUUGUCCGAUAUGGCCUGGAGAUUUUGAGUUACUAUAUAAGUAUGAAACAUAUAAUAACAGCUACAAAGAAUCACUAUCAGGAUCUGGUUGUCCGAUAUGGCCUGGAGAUUUUGAGUUACUAUAUAAGUAUGAAACAUAUAAUAACAGCUACAAAGAAUCACUAUCAGGAUCUGGUUGUCCGAUAUGGCCUGGAGAUUUUGAGUUACUAUAUAAGUAUGAAACAUAUAAUAACAGCUACAAAGAAUCACUAUCAGGAUCUGCUUGUCCGAUAUGGCCUGGAGAUUUUGAGUUACUAUAUAAGUAUGAAACAUAUAAUAACAGCUACAAAGAAUCACUAUCAGGAUCUGCUUGUCCGAUAUGGCCUGGAGAUUUUGAGUUACUAUAUAAGUAUGAAACAUAUAAUAACAGCUACAAAGAAUCACUAUCAGGAUCUGCUUGUCCGAUAUGGCCUGGAGAUUUUGAGUUACUAUAUAAGUAUGAAACAUAUAAUAACAGCUACAAAGAAUCACUAUCAGGAUCUGGUUGUCCGAUAUGGCCUGGAGAUUUUUUUGAGUUACUAUAUAAGUAUGAAACAUAUAAUAACAGCUACAAAGAAUCACUAUCAGGAUCUGGUUGUCCGAUAUGGCCUGGAGAUUUUGAGUUACUAUAUAAGUAUGAAACAUAUAAUAACAGCUACAAAGAAUCACUAUCAGGAUCUGGUUGUCCGAUAUGGCCUGGAGAUUUUGAGUUACUAUAUAAGUAUGAAACAUAUAAUAACAGCUACAAAGAAUCACUAUCAGGAUCUGGUUGUCCGAUAUGGCCUGGAGAUUUUGAGUUACUAUAUAAGUAUGAAACAUAUAAUAACAGCUACAAAGAAUCACUAUCAGGAUCUGGUUGUCCGAUAUGGCCUGGAGAUUUUGAGUUACUAUAUAAGUAUGAAACAUAUAAUAACAGCUACAAAGAAUCACUAUCAGGAUCUGGUUGUCCGAUAUGGCCUGGAGAUUUUGAGUUACUAUAUAAGUAUGAAACAUAUAAUAACAGCUACAAAGAAUCACUAUCAGGAUCUGGUUGUCCGAUAUGGCCUGGAGAUUUUGAGUUACUAUAUAAGUAUGAAACAUAUAAUAACAGCUACAAAGAAUCACUAUCAGGAUCUGGUUGUCCGAUAUGGCCUGGAGAUUUUGAGUUACUAUAUAAGUAUGAAACAUAUAAUAACAGCUACAAAGAAUCACUAUCAGGAUCUGGUUGUCCGAUAUGGCCUGGAGAUUUUGAGUUACUAUAUAAGUAUGAAACAUAUAAUAACAGCUACAAAGAAUCACUAUCAGGAUCUGGUUGUCCGAUAUGGCCUGGAGAUUUUGAGUUACUAUAUAAGUAUGAAACAUAUAAUAACAGCUACAAAGAAUCACUAUCAGGAUCUGGUUGUCCGAUAUGGCCUGGAGAUUUUGAGUUACUAUAUAAGUAUGAAACAUAUAAUAACAGCUACAAAGAAUCACUAUCAGGAUCUGGUUGUCCGAUAUGGCCUGGAGAUUUUGAGUUACUAUAUAAGUAUGAAACAUAUAAUAACAGCUACAAAGAAUCACUAUCAGGAUCUGGUUGUCCGAUAUGGCCUGGAGAUUUUGAGUUACUAUAUAAGUAUGAAACAUAUAAUAACAGCUACAAAGAAUCACUAUCAGGAUCUGGUUGUCCGAUAUGGCCUGGAGAUUUUGAGUUACUAUAUAAGUAUGAAACAUAUAAUAACAGCUACAAAGAAUCACUAUCAGGAUCUGGUUGUCCGAUAUGGCCUGGAGAUUUUGAGUUACUAUAUAAGUAUGAAACAUAUAAUAACAGCUACAAAGAAUCACUAUCAGGAUCUGCUUGUCCGAUAUGGCCUGGAGAUUUUGAGUUACUAUAUAAGUAUGAAACAUAUAAUAACAGCUACAAAGAAUCACUAUCAGGAUCUGGUUGUCCGAUAUGGCCUGGAGAUUUUGAGUUACUAUAUAAGUAUGAAACAUAUAAUAACAGCUACAAAGAAUCACUAUCAGGAUCUGGUUGUCCGAUAUGGCCUGGAGAUUUUGAGUUACUAUAUAAGUAUGAAACAUAUAAUAACAGCUACAAAGAAUCACUAUCAGGAUCUGGUUGUCCGAUAUGGCCUGGAGAUUUUGAGUUACUAUAUAAGUAUGAAACAUAUAAUAACAGCUACAAAGAAUCACUAUCAGGAUCUGGUUGUCCGAUAUGGCCUGGAGAUUUUGAGUUACUAUAUAAGUAUGAAACAUAUAAUAACAGCUACAAAGAAUCACUAUCAGGAUCUGGUUGUCCGAUAUGGCCUGGAGAUUUUGAGUUACUAUAUAAGUAUGAAACAUAUAAUAACAGCUACAAAGAAUCACUAUCAGGAUCUGGUUGUCCGAUAUGGCCUGGAGAUUUUGAGUUACUAUAUAAGUAUGAAACAUAUAAUAACAGCUACAAAGAAUCACUAUCAGGAUCUGGUUGUCCGAUAUGGCCUGGAGAUUUUGAGUUACUAUAUAAGUAUGAAACAUAUAAUAACAGCUACAAAGAAUCACUAUCAGGAUCUGCUUGUCCGAUAUGGCCUGGAGAUUUUGAGUUACUAUAUAAGUAUGAAACAUAUAAUAACAGCUACAAAGAAUCACUAUCAGGAUCUGCUUGUCCGAUAUGGCCUGGAGAUUUUGAGUUACUAUAUAAGUAUGAAACAUAUAAUAACAGCUACAAAGAAUCACUAUCAGGAUCUGCUUGUCCGAUAUGGCCUGGAGAUUUUGAGUUACUAUAUAAGUAUGAAACAUAUAAUAACAGCUACAAAGAAUCACUAUCAGGAUCUGCUUGUCCGAUAUGGCCUGGAGAUUUUGAGUUACUAUAUAAGUAUGAAACAUAUAAUAACAGCUACAAAGAAUCACUAUCAGGAUCUGCUUGUCCGAUAUGGCCUGGAGAUUUUGAGUUACUAUAUAAGUAUGAAACAUAUAAUAACAGCUACAAAGAAUCACUAUCAGGAUCUGGUUGUCCGAUAUGGCCUGGAGAUUUUGAGUUACUAUAUAAGUAUGAAACAUAUAAUAACAGCUACAAAGAAUCACUAUCAGGAUCUGGUUGUCCGAUAUGGCCUGGAGAUUUUGAGUUACUAUAUAAGUAUGAAACAUAUAAUAACAGCUACAAAGAAUCACUAUCAGGAUCUGGUUGUCCGAUAUGGCCUGGAGAUUUUGAGUUACUAUAUAAGUAUGAAACAUAUAAUAACAGCUACAAAGAAUCACUAUCAGGAUCUGGUUGUCCGAUAUGGCCUGGAGAUUUUGAGUUACUAUAUAAGUAUGAAACAUAUAAUAACAGCUACAAAGAAUCACUAUCAGGAUCUGGUUGUCCGAUAUGGCCUGGAGAUUUUGAGUUACUAUAUAAGUAUGAAACAUAUAAUAACAGCUACAAAGAAUCACUAUCAGGAUCUGGUUGUCCGAUAUGGCCUGGAGAUUUUGAGUUACUAUAUAAGUAUGAAACAUAUAAUAACAGCUACAAAGAAUCACUAUCAGGAUCUGGUUGUCCGAUAUGGCCUGGAGAUUUUGAGUUACUAUAUAAGUAUGAAACAUAUAAUAACAGCUACAAAGAAUCACUAUCAGGAUCUGGUUGUCCGAUAUGGCCUGGAGAUUUUGAGUUACUAUAUAAGUAUGAAACAUAUAAUAACAGCUACAAAGAAUCACUAUCAGGAUCUGGUUGUCCGAUAUGGCCUGGAGAUUUUGAGUUACUAUAUAAGUAUGAAACAUAUAAUAACAGCUACAAAGAAUCACUAUCAGGAUCUGGUUGUCCGAUAUGGCCUGGAGAUUUUGAGUUACUAUAUAACUACAAAGAAUCACUAUCAGGAUCUGCUUGUCCGAUAUGGCCUGGAGAUUUUGAGUUACUAUAUAAGUAUGAAACAUAUAAUAACAGCUACAAAGAAUCACUAUCAGGAUCUGGUUGUCCGAUAUGGCCUGGAGAUUUUGAGUUACUAUAUAAGUAUGAAACAUAUAAUAACAGCUACAAAGAAUCACUAUCAGGAUCUGGUUGUCCGAUAUGGCCUGGAGAUUUUGAGUUACUAUAUAAGUAUGAAACAUAUAAUAACAGCUACAAAGAAUCACUAUCAGGAUCUGGUUGUCCGAUAUGGCCUGGAGAUUUUGAGUUACUAUAUAAGUAUGAAACAUAUAAUAACAGCUACAAAGAAUCACUAUCAGGAUCUGGUUGUCCGAUAUGGCCUGGAGAUUUUGAGUUACUAUAUAAGUAUGAAACAUAUAAUAACAGCUACAAAGAAUCACUAUCAGGAUCUGGUUGUCCGAUAUGGCCUGGAGAUUUUGAGUUACUAUAUAAGUAUGAAACAUAUAAUAACAGCUACAAAGAAUCACUAUCAGGAUCUGGUUGUCCGAUAUGGCCUGGAGAUUUUGAGUUACUAUAUAAGUAUGAAACAUAUAAUAACAGCUACAAAGAAUCACUAUCAGGAUCUGGUUGUCCGAUAUGGCCUGGAGAUUUUGAGUUACUAUAUAAGUAUGAAACAUAUAAUAACAGCUACAAAGAAUCACUAUCAGGAUCUGGUUGUCCGAUAUGGCCUGGAGAUUUUGAGUUACUAUAUAAGUAUGAAACAUAUAAUAACAGCUACAAAGAAUCACUAUCAGGAUCUGGUUGUCCGAUAUGGCCUGGAGAUUUUGAGUUACUAUAUAAGUAUGAAACAUAUAAUAACAGCUACAAAGAAUCACUAUCAGGAUCUGGUUGUCCGAUAUGGCCUGGAGAUUUUGAGUUACUAUAUAAGUAUGAAACAUAUAAUAACAGCUACAAAGAAUCACUAUCAGGAUCUGGUUGUCCGAUAUGGCCUGGAGAUUUUGAGUUACUAUAUAAGUAUGAAACAUAUAAUAACAGCUACAAAGAAUCACUAUCAGGAUCUGCUUGUCCGAUAUGGCCUGGAGAUUUUGAGUUACUAUAUAAGUAUGAAACAUAUAAUAACAGCUACAAAGAAUCACUAUCAGGAUCUGCUUGUCCGAUAUGGCCUGGAGAUUUUGAGUUACUAUAUAAGUAUGAAACAUAUAAUAACAGCUACAAAGAAUCACUAUCAGGAUCUGGUUGUCCGAUAUGGCCUGGAGAUUUUGAGUUACUAUAUAAGUAUGAAACAUAUAAUAACAGCUACAAAGAAUCACUAUCAGGAUCUGGUUGUCCGAUAUGGCCUGGAGAUUUUGAGUUACUAUAUAAGUAUGAAACAUAUAAUAACAGCUACAAAGAAUCACUAUCAGGAUCUGGUUGUCCGAUAUGGCCUGGAGAUUUUGAGUUACUAUAUAAGUAUGAAACAUAUAAUAACAGCUACAAAGAAUCACUAUCAGGAUCUGGUUGUCCGAUAUGGCCUGGAGAUUUUGAGUUACUAUAUAAGUAUGAAACAUAUAAUAACAGCUACAAAGAAUCACUAUCAGGAUCUGGUUGUCCGAUAUGGCCUGGAGAUUUUGAGUUACUAUAUAAGUAUGAAACAUAUAAUAACAGCUACAAAGAAUCACUAUCAGGAUCUGCUUGUCCGAUAUGGCCUGGAGAUUUUGAGUUACUAUAUAAGUAUGAAACAUAUAAUAACAGCUACAAAGAAUCACUAUCAGGAUCUGCUUGUCCGAUAUGGCCUGGAGAUUUUGAGUUACUAUAUAAGUAUGAAACAUAUAAUAACAGCUACAAAGAAUCACUAUCAGGAUCUGGUUGUCCGAUAUGGCCUGGAGAUUUUGAGUUACUAUAUAAGUAUGAAACAUAUAAUAACAGCUACAAAGAAUCACUAUCAGGAUCUGGUUGUCCGAUAUGGCCUGGAGAUUUUGAGUUACUAUAUAAGUAUGAAACAUAUAAUAACAGCUACAAAGAAUCACUAUCAGGAUCUGGUUGUCCGAUAUGGCCUGGAGAUUUUGAGUUACUAUAUAAGUAUGAAACAUAUAAUAACAGCUACAAAGAAUCACUAUCAGGAUCUGGUUGUCCGAUAUGGCCUGGAGAUUUUGAGUUACUAUAUAAGUAUGAAACAUAUAAUAACAGCUACAAAGAAUCACUAUCAGGAUCUGGUUGUCCGAUAUGGCCUGGAGAUUUUGAGUUACUAUAUAAGUAUGAAACAUAUAAUAACAGCUACAAAGAAUCACUAUCAGGAUCUGGUUGUCCGAUAUGGCCUGGAGAUUUUGAGUUACUAUAUAAGUAUGAAACAUAUAAUAACAGCUACAAAGAAUCACUAUCAGGAUCUGGUUGUCCGAUAUGGCCUGGAGAUUUUGAGUUACUAUAUAAGUAUGAAACAUAUAAUAACAGCUACAAAGAAUCACUAUCAGGAUCUGGUUGUCCGAUAUGGCCUGGAGAUUUUGAGUUACUAUAUAAGUAUGAAACAUAUAAUAACAGCUACAAAGAAUCACUAUCAGGAUCUGCUUGUCCGAUAUGGCCUGGAGAUUUUGAGUUACUAUAUAAGUAUGAAACAUAUAAUAACAGCUACAAAGAAUCACUAUCAGGAUCUGCUUGUCCGAUAUGGCCUGGAGAUUUUGAGUUACUAUAUAAGUAUGAAACAUAUAAUAACAGCUACAAAGAAUCACUAUCAGGAUCUGGUUGUCCGAUAUGGCCUGGAGAUUUUGAGUUACUAUAUAAGUAUGAAACAUAUAAUAACAGCUACAAAGAAUCACUAUCAGGAUCUGGUUGUCCGAUAUGGCCUGGAGAUUUUGAGUUACUAUAUAAGUAUGAAACAUAUAAUAACAGCUACAAAGAAUCACUAUCAGGAUCUGGUUGUCCGAUAUGGCCUGGAGAUUUUGAGUUACUAUAUAAGUAUGAAACAUAUAAUAACAGCUACAAAGAAUCACUAUCAGGAUCUGGUUGUCCGAUAUGGCCUGGAGAUUUUGAGUUACUAUAUAAGUAUGAAACAUAUAAUAACAGCUACAAAGAAUCACUAUCAGGAUCUGGUUGUCCGAUAUGGCCUGGAGAUUUUGAGUUACUAUAUAAGUAUGAAACAUAUAAUAACAGCUACAAAGAAUCACUAUCAGGAUCUGGUUGUCCGAUAUGGCCUGGAGAUUUUGAGUUACUAUAUAAGUAUGAAACAUAUAAUAACAGCUACAAAGAAUCACUAUCAGGAUCUGCUUGUCCGAUAUGGCCUGGAGAUUUUGAGUUACUAUAUAAGUAUGAAACAUAUAAUAACAGCUACAAAGAAUCACUAUCAGGAUCUGCUUGUCCGAUAUGGCCUGGAGAUUUUGAGUUACUAUAUAAGUAUGAAACAUAUAAUAACAGCUACAAAGAAUCACUAUCAGGAUCUGCUUGUCCGAUAUGGCCUGGAGAUUUUGAGUUACUAUAUAAGUAUGAAACAUAUAAUAACAGCUACAAAGAAUCACUAUCAGGAUCUGCUUGUCCGAUAUGGCCUGGAGAUUUUGAGUUACUAUAUAAGUAUGAAACAUAUAAUAACAGCUACAAAGAAUCACUAUCAGGAUCUGCUUGUCCGAUAUGGCCUGGAGAUUUUGAGUUACUAUAUAAGUAUGAAACAUAUAAUAACAGCUACAAAGAAUCACUAUCAGGAUCUGCUUGUCCGAUAUGGCCUGGAGAUUUUGAGUUACUAUAUAAGUAUGAAACAUAUAAUAACAGCUACAAAGAAUCACUAUCAGGAUCUGCUUGUCCGAUAUGGCCUGGAGAUUUUGAGUUACUAUAUAAGUAUGAAACAUAUAAUAACAGCUACAAAGAAUCACUAUCAGGAUCUGCUUGUCCGAUAUGGCCUGGAGAUUUUGAGUUACUAUAUAAGUAUGAAACAUAUAAUAACAGCUACAAAGAAUCACUAUCAGGAUCUGGUUGUCCGAUAUGGCCUGGAGAUUUUGAGUUACUAUAUAAGUAUGAAACAUAUAAUAACAGCUACAAAGAAUCACUAUCAGGAUCUGGUUGUCCGAUAUGGCCUGGAGAUUUUGAGUUACUAUAUAAGUAUGAAACAUAUAAUAACAGCUACAAAGAAUCACUAUCAGGAUCUGCUUGUCCGAUAUGGCCUGGAGAUUUUGAGUUACUAUAUAAGUAUGAAACAUAUAAUAACAGCUACAAAGAAUCACUAUCAGGAUCUGGUUGUCCGAUAUGGCCUGGAGAUUUUGAGUUACUAUAUAAGUAUGAAACAUAUAAUAACAGCUACAAAGAAUCACUAUCAGGAUCUGCUUGUCCGAUAUGGCCUGGAGAUUUUGAGUUACUAUAUAAGUAUGAAACAUAUAAUAACAGCUACAAAGAAUCACUAUCAGGAUCUGCUUGUCCGAUAUGGCCUGGAGAUUUUGAGUUACUAUAUAAGUAUGAAACAUAUAAUAACAGCUACAAAGAAUCACUAUCAGGAUCUGCUUGUCCGAUAUGGCCUGGAGAUUUUGAGUUACUAUAUAAGUAUGAAACAUAUAAUAACAGCUACAAAGAAUCACUAUCAGGAUCUGCUUGUCCGAUAUGGCCUGGAGAUUUUGAGUUACUAUAUAAGUAUGAAACAUAUAAUAACAGCUACAAAGAAUCACUAUCAGGAUCUGCUUGUCCGAUAUGGCCUGGAGAUUUUGAGUUACUAUAUAAGUAUGAAACAUAUAAUAACAGCUACAAAGAAUCACUAUCAGGAUCUGCUUGUCCGAUAUGGCCUGGAGAUUUUGAGUUACUAUAUAAGUAUGAAACAUAUAAUAACAGCUACAAAGAAUCACUAUCAGGAUCUGCUUGUCCGAUAUGGCCUGGAGAUUUUGAGUUACUAUAUAAGUAUGAAACAUAUAAUAACAGCUACAAAGAAUCACUAUCAGGAUCUGGUUGUCCGAUAUGGCCUGGAGAUUUUGAGUUACUAUAUAAGUAUGAAACAUAUAAUAACAGCUACAAAGAAUCACUAUCAGGAUCUGCUUGUCCGAUAUGGCCUGGAGAUUUUGAGUUACUAUAUAAGUAUGAAACAUAUAAUAACAGCUACAAAGAAUCACUAUCAGGAUCUGCUUGUCCGAUAUGGCCUGGAGAUUUUGAGUUACUAUAUAAGUAUGAAACAUAUAAUAACAGCUACAAAGAAUCACUAUCAGGAUCUGCUUGUCCGAUAUGGCCUGGAGAUUUUGAGUUACUAUAUAAGUAUGAAACAUAUAAUAACAGCUACAAAGAAUCACUAUCAGGAUCUGCUUGUCCGAUAUGGCCUGGAGAUUUUGAGUUACUAUAUAAGUAUGAAACAUAUAAUAACAGCUACAAAGAAUCACUAUCAGGAUCUGCUUGUCCGAUAUGGCCUGGAGAUUUUGAGUUACUAUAUAAGUAUGAAACAUAUAAUAACAGCUACAAAGAAUCACUAUCAGGAUCUGCUUGUCCGAUAUGGCCUGGAGAUUUUGAGUUACUAUAUAAGUAUGAAACAUAUAAUAACAGCUACAAAGAAUCACUAUCAGGAUCUGCUUGUCCGAUAUGGCCUGGAGAUUUUGAGUUACUAUAUAAGUAUGAAACAUAUAAUAACAGCUACAAAGAAUCACUAUCAGGAUCUGGUUGUCCGAUAUGGCCUGGAGAUUUUGAGUUACUAUAUAAGUAUGAAACAUAUAAUAACAGCUACAAAGAAUCACUAUCAGGAUCUGGUUGUCCGAUAUGGCCUGGAGAUUUUGAGUUACUAUAUAAGUAUGAAACAUAUAAUAACAGCUACAAAGAAUCACUAUCAGGAUCUGGUUGUCCGAUAUGGCCUGGAGAUUUUGAGUUACUAUAUAAGUAUGAAACAUAUAAUAACAGCUACAAAGAAUCACUAUCAGGAUCUGCUUGUCCGAUAUGGCCUGGAGAUUUUGAGUUACUAUAUAAGUAUGAAACAUAUAAUAACAGCUACAAAGAAUCACUAUCAGGAUCUGGUUGUCCGAUAUGGCCUGGAGAUUUUGAGUUACUAUAUAAGUAUGAAACAUAUAAUAACAGCUACAAAGAAUCACUAUCAGGAUCUGGUUGUCCGAUAUGGCCUGGAGAUUUUGAGUUACUAUAUAAGUAUGAAACAUAUAAUAACAGCUACAAAGAAUCACUAUCAGGAUCUGGUUGUCCGAUAUGGCCUGGAGAUUUUGAGUUACUAUAUAAGUAUGAAACAUAUAAUAACAGCUACAAAGAAUCACUAUCAGGAUCUGCUUGUCCGAUAUGGCCUGGAGAUUUUGAGUUACUAUAUAAGUAUGAAACAUAUAAUAACAGCUACAAAGAAUCACUAUCAGGAUCUGCUUGUCCGAUAUGGCCUGGAGAUUUUGAGUUACUAUAUAAGUAUGAAACAUAUAAUAACAGCUACAAAGAAUCACUAUCAGGAUCUGCUUGUCCGAUAUGGCCUGGAGAUUUUGAGUUACUAUAUAAGUAUGAAACAUAUAAUAACAGCUACAAAGAAUCACUAUCAGGAUCUGCUUGUCCGAUAUGGCCUGGAGAUUUUGAGUUACUAUAUAAGUAUGAAACAUAUAAUAACAGCUACAAAGAAUCACUAUCAGGAUCUGCUUGUCCGAUAUGGCCUGGAGAUUUUGAGUUACUAUAUAAGUAUGAAACAUAUAAUAACAGCUACAAAGAAUCACUAUCAGGAUCUGGUUGUCCGAUAUGGCCUGGAGAUUUUGAGUUACUAUAUAAGUAUGAAACAUAUAAUAACAGCUACAAAGAAUCACUAUCAGGAUCUGGUUGUCCGAUAUGGCCUGGAGAUUUUGAGUUACUAUAUAAGUAUGAAACAUAUAAUAACAGCUACAAAGAAUCACUAUCAGGAUCUGGUUGUCCGAUAUGGCCUGGAGAUUUUGAGUUACUAUAUAAGUAUGAAACAUAUAAUAACAGCUACAAAGAAUCACUAUCAGGAUCUGGUUGUCCGAUAUGGCCUGGAGAUUUUGAGUUACUAUAUAAGUAUGAAACAUAUAAUAACAGCUACAAAGAAUCACUAUCAGGAUCUGGUUGUCCGAUAUGGCCUGGAGAUUUUGAGUUACUAUAUAAGUAUGAAACAUAUAAUAACAGCUACAAAGAAUCACUAUCAGGAUCUGGUUGUCCGAUAUGGCCUGGAGAUUUUGAGUUACUAUAUAAGUAUGAAACAUAUAAUAACAGCUACAAAGAAUCACUAUCAGGAUCUGGUUGUCCGAUAUGGCCUGGAGAUUUUGAGUUACUAUAUAAGUAUGAAACAUAUAAUAACAGCUACAAAGAAUCACUAUCAGGAUCUGGUUGUCCGAUAUGGCCUGGAGAUUUUGAGUUACUAUAUAAGUAUGAAACAUAUAAUAACAGCUACAAAGAAUCACUAUCAGGAUCUGGUUGUCCGAUAUGGCCUGGAGAUUUUGAGUUACUAUAUAAGUAUGAAACAUAUAAUAACAGCUACAAAGAAUCACUAUCAGGAUCUGGUUGUCCGAUAUGGCCUGGAGAUUUUGAGUUACUAUAUAAGUAUGAAACAUAUAAUAACAGCUACAAAGAAUCACUAUCAGGAUCUGGUUGUCCGAUAUGGCCUGGAGAUUUUGAGUUACUAUAUAAGUAUGAAACAUAUAAUAACAGCUACAAAGAAUCACUAUCAGGAUCUGGUUGUCCGAUAUGGCCUGGAGAUUUUGAGUUACUAUAUAAGUAUGAAACAUAUAAUAACAGCUACAAAGAAUCACUAUCAGGAUCUGGUUGUCCGAUAUGGCCUGGAGAUUUUGAGUUACUAUAUAAGUAUGAAACAUAUAAUAACAGCUACAAAGAAUCACUAUCAGGAUCUGGUUGUCCGAUAUGGCCUGGAGAUUUUGAGUUACUAUAUAAGUAUGAAACAUAUAAUAACAGCUACAAAGAAUCACUAUCAGGAUCUGGUUGUCCGAUAUGGCCUGGAGAUUUUGAGUUACUAUAUAAGUAUGAAACAUAUAAUAACAGCUACAAAGAAUCACUAUCAGGAUCUGGUUGUCCGAUAUGGCCUGGAGAUUUUGAGUUACUAUAUAAGUAUGAAACAUAUAAUAACAGCUACAAAGAAUCACUAUCAGGAUCUGGUUGUCCGAUAUGGCCUGGAGAUUUUGAGUUACUAUAUAAGUAUGAAACAUAUAAUAACAGCUACAAAGAAUCACUAUCAGGAUCUGGUUGUCCGAUAUGGCCUGGAGAUUUUGAGUUACUAUAUAAGUAUGAAACAUAUAAUAACAGCUACAAAGAAUCACUAUCAGGAUCUGGUUGUCCGAUAUGGCCUGGAGAUUUUGAGUUACUAUAUAAGUAUGAAACAUAUAAUAACAGCUACAAAGAAUCACUAUCAGGAUCUGGUUGUCCGAUAUGGCCUGGAGAUUUUGAGUUACUAUAUAAGUAUGAAACAUAUAAUAACAGCUACAAAGAAUCACUAUCAGGAUCUGGUUGUCCGAUAUGGCCUGGAGAUUUUGAGUUACUAUAUAAGUAUGAAACAUAUAAUAACAGCUACAAAGAAUCACUAUCAGGAUCUGGUUGUCCGAUAUGGCCUGGAGAUUUUGAGUUACUAUAUAAGUAUGAAACAUAUAAUAACAGCUACAAAGAAUCACUAUCAGGAUCUGGUUGUCCGAUAUGGCCUGGAGAUUUUGAGUUACUAUAUAAGUAUGAAACAUAUAAUAACAGCUACAAAGAAUCACUAUCAGGAUCUGGUUGUCCGAUAUGGCCUGGAGAUUUUGAGUUACUAUAUAACUACAAAGAAUCACUAUCAGGAUCUGGUUGUCCGAUAUGGCCUGGAGAUUUUGAGUUACUAUAUAAGUAUGAAACAUAUAAUAACAGCUACAAAGAAUCACUAUCAGGAUCUGGUUGUCCGAUAUGGCCUGGAGAUUUUGAGUUACUAUAUAAGUAUGAAACAUAUAAUAACAGCUACAAAGAAUCACUAUCAGGAUCUGGUUGUCCGAUAUGGCCUGGAGAUUUUGAGUUACUAUAUAAGUAUGAAACAUAUAAUAACAGCUACAAAGAAUCACUAUCAGGAUCUGGUUGUCCGAUAUGGCCUGGAGAUUUUGAGUUACUAUAUAAGUAUGAAACAUAUAAUAACAGCUACAAAGAAUCACUAUCAGGAUCUGGUUGUCCGAUAUGGCCUGGAGAUUUUGAGUUACUAUAUAAGUAUGAAACAUAUAAUAACAGCUACAAAGAAUCACUAUCAGGAUCUGGUUGUCCGAUAUGGCCUGGAGAUUUUGAGUUACUAUAUAAGUAUGAAACAUAUAAUAACAGCUACAAAGAAUCACUAUCAGGAUCUGGUUGUCCGAUAUGGCCUGGAGAUUUUGAGUUACUAUAUAAGUAUGAAACAUAUAAUAACAGCUACAAAGAAUCACUAUCAGGAUCUGGUUGUCCGAUAUGGCCUGGAGAUUUUGAGUUACUAUAUAAGUAUGAAACAUAUAAUAACAGCUACAAAGAAUCACUAUCAGGAUCUGGUUGUCCGAUAUGGCCUGGAGAUUUUGAGUUACUAUAUAAGUAUGAAACAUAUAAUAACAGCUACAAAGAAUCACUAUCAGGAUCUGGUUGUCCGAUAUGGCCUGGAGAUUUUGAGUUACUAUAUAAGUAUGAAACAUAUAAUAACAGCUACAAAGAAUCACUAUCAGGAUCUGGUUGUCCGAUAUGGCCUGGAGAUUUUGAGUUACUAUAUAAGUAUGAAACAUAUAAUAACAGCUACAAAGAAUCACUAUCAGGAUCUGGUUGUCCGAUAUGGCCUGGAGAUUUUGAGUUACUAUAUAAGUAUGAAACAUAUAAUAACAGCUACAAAGAAUCACUAUCAGGAUCUGGUUGUCCGAUAUGGCCUGGAGAUUUUGAGUUACUAUAUAAGUAUGAAACAUAUAAUAACAGCUACAAAGAAUCACUAUCAGGAUCUGGUUGUCCGAUAUGGCCUGGAGAUUUUGAGUUACUAUAUAAGUAUGAAACAUAUAAUAACAGCUACAAAGAAUCACUAUCAGGAUCUGGUUGUCCGAUAUGGCCUGGAGAUUUUGAGUUACUAUAUAAGUAUGAAACAUAUAAUAACAGCUACAAAGAAUCACUAUCAGGAUCUGGUUGUCCGAUAUGGCCUGGAGAUUUUGAGUUACUAUAUAAGUAUGAAACAUAUAAUAACAGCUACAAAGAAUCACUAUCAGGAUCUGGUUGUCCGAUAUGGCCUGGAGAUUUUGAGUUACUAUAUAAGUAUGAAACAUAUAAUAACAGCUACAAAGAAUCACUAUCAGGAUCUGGUUGUCCGAUAUGGCCUGGAGAUUUUGAGUUACUAUAUAAGUAUGAAACAUAUAAUAACAGCUACAAAGAAUCACUAUCAGGAUCUGGUUGUCCGAUAUGGCCUGGAGAUUUUGAGUUACUAUAUAAGUAUGAAACAUAUAAUAACAGCUACAAAGAAUCACUAUCAGGAUCUGGUUGUCCGAUAUGGCCUGGAGAUUUUGAGUUACUAUAUAAGUAUGAAACAUAUAAUAACAGCUACAAAGAAUCACUAUCAGGAUCUGGUUGUCCGAUAUGGCCUGGAGAUUUUGAGUUACUAUAUAAGUAUGAAACAUAUAAUAACAGCUACAAAGAAUCACUAUCAGGAUCUGCUUGUCCGAUAUGGCCUGGAGAUUUUGAGUUACUAUAUAAGUAUGAAACAUAUAAUAACAGCUACAAAGAAUCACUAUCAGGAUCUGGUUGUCCGAUAUGGCCUGGAGAUUUUGAGUUACUAUAUAAGUAUGAAACAUAUAAUAACAGCUACAAAGAAUCACUAUCAGGAUCUGGUUGUCCGAUAUGGCCUGGAGAUUUUGAGUUACUAUAUAAGUAUGAAACAUAUAAUAACAGCUACAAAGAAUCACUAUCAGGAUCUGGUUGUCCGAUAUGGCCUGGAGAUUUUGAGUUACUAUAUAAGUAUGAAACAUAUAAUAACAGCUACAAAGAAUCACUAUCAGGAUCUGGUUGUCCGAUAUGGCCUGGAGAUUUUGAGUUACUAUAUAAGUAUGAAACAUAUAAUAACAGCUACAAAGAAUCACUAUCAGGAUCUGGUUGUCCGAUAUGGCCUGGAGAUUUUGAGUUACUAUAUAAGUAUGAAACAUAUAAUAACAGCUACAAAGAAUCACUAUCAGGAUCUGGUUGUCCGAUAUGGCCUGGAGAUUUUGAGUUACUAUAUAAGUAUGAAACAUAUAAUAACAGCUACAAAGAAUCACUAUCAGGAUCUGGUUGUCCGAUAUGGCCUGGAGAUUUUGAGUUACUAUAUAAGUAUGAAACAUAUAAUAACAGCUACAAAGAAUCACUAUCAGGAUCUGCUUGUCCGAUAUGGCCUGGAGAUUUUGAGUUACUAUAUAAGUAUGAAACAUAUAAUAACAGCUACAAAGAAUCACUAUCAGGAUCUGGUUGUCCGAUAUGGCCUGGAGAUUUUGAGUUACUAUAUAAGUAUGAAACAUAUAAUAACAGCUACAAAGAAUCACUAUCAGGAUCUGGUUGUCCGAUAUGGCCUGGAGAUUUUGAGUUACUAUAUAAGUAUGAAACAUAUAAUAACAGCUACAAAGAAUCACUAUCAGGAUCUGGUUGUCCGAUAUGGCCUGGAGAUUUUGAGUUACUAUAUAAGUAUGAAACAUAUAAUAACAGCUACAAAGAAUCACUAUCAGGAUCUGGUUGUCCGAUAUGGCCUGGAGAUUUUGAGUUACUAUAUAAGUAUGAAACAUAUAAUAACAGCUACAAAGAAUCACUAUCAGGAUCUGGUUGUCCGAUAUGGCCUGGAGAUUUUGAGUUACUAUAUAAGUAUGAAACAUAUAAUAACAGCUACAAAGAAUCACUAUCAGGAUCUGGUUGUCCGAUAUGGCCUGGAGAUUUUGAGUUACUAUAUAAGUAUGAAACAUAUAAUAACAGCUACAAAGAAUCACUAUCAGGAUCUGCUUGUCCGAUAUGGCCUGGAGAUUUUGAGUUACUAUAUAAGUAUGAAACAUAUAAUAACAGCUACAAAGAAUCACUAUCAGGAUCUGGUUGUCCGAUAUGGCCUGGAGAUUUUGAGUUACUAUAUAAGUAUGAAACAUAUAAUAACAGCUACAAAGAAUCACUAUCAGGAUCUGGUUGUCCGAUAUGGCCUGGAGAUUUUGAGUUACUAUAUAAGUAUGAAACAUAUAAUAACAGCUACAAAGAAUCACUAUCAGGAUCUGGUUGUCCGAUAUGGCCUGGAGAUUUUGAGUUACUAUAUAAGUAUGAAACAUAUAAUAACAGCUACAAAGAAUCACUAUCAGGAUCUGCUUGUCCGAUAUGGCCUGGAGAUUUUGAGUUACUAUAUAAGUAUGAAACAUAUAAUAACAGCUACAAAGAAUCACUAUCAGGAUCUGGUUGUCCGAUAUGGCCUGGAGAUUUUGAGUUACUAUAUAAGUAUGAAACAUAUAAUAACAGCUACAAAGAAUCACUAUCAGGAUCUGGUUGUCCGAUAUGGCCUGGAGAUUUUGAGUUACUAUAUAAGUAUGAAACAUAUAAUAACAGCUACAAAGAAUCACUAUCAGGAUCUGGUUGUCCGAUAUGGCCUGGAGAUUUUGAGUUACUAUAUAAGUAUGAAACAUAUAAUAACAGCUACAAAGAAUCACUAUCAGGAUCUGGUUGUCCGAUAUGGCCUGGAGAUUUUGAGUUACUAUAUAAGUAUGAAACAUAUAAUAACAGCUACAAAGAAUCACUAUCAGGAUCUGCUUGUCCGAUAUGGCCUGGAGAUUUUGAGUUACUAUAUAAGUAUGAAACAUAUAAUAACAGCUACAAAGAAUCACUAUCAGGAUCUGGUUGUCCGAUAUGGCCUGGAGAUUUUGAGUUACUAUAUAAGUAUGAAACAUAUAAUAACAGCUACAAAGAAUCACUAUCAGGAUCUGGUUGUCCGAUAUGGCCUGGAGAUUUUGAGUUACUAUAUAAGUAUGAAACAUAUAAUAACAGCUACAAAGAAUCACUAUCAGGAUCUGGUUGUCCGAUAUGGCCUGGAGAUUUUGAGUUACUAUAUAAGUAUGAAACAUAUAAUAACAGCUACAAAGAAUCACUAUCAGGAUCUGGUUGUCCGAUAUGGCCUGGAGAUUUUGAGUUACUAUAUAAGUAUGAAACAUAUAAUAACAGCUACAAAGAAUCACUAUCAGGAUCUGGUUGUCCGAUAUGGCCUGGAGAUUUUGAGUUACUAUAUAAGUAUGAAACAUAUAAUAACAGCUACAAAGAAUCACUAUCAGGAUCUGGUUGUCCGAUAUGGCCUGGAGAUUUUGAGUUACUAUAUAAGUAUGAAAACAUAUAA